AUGCUACCAAGUCCAAUCACUUCCACACCUUUCUCUGUCAAAGACAUUUUAAAGAGGGACCACCAGACUCAGCAGCACAUCUCCCAGCACCACCAGCCCCAGCAGCAGUUUAGAGGGCACUUGGCUCAAGCCUUGGACCCCCCUGAAUUCUCUCAAUGCAUGCCUUUGGCCAGGGAGAGCUCUGCCUUUGCAGGUGGGGAGGAUAAACUUUCUUAUUUGGAUUCUAUAGUCCCUGAGGGCCCUGGGGAUGUUGGAAUCUCCCCUGAAAGAUUUGUCCAAGGAACCCUCAGAGAUAAUUGCACUGCUAAGGAAAAAGUGGACGAAGAAGGAGGACUACAAACAGACAAUAGUCACAGUAAGUAUAAUAAUAAUAAUAGUAUUAUUAAUAACAAUAACAGUAACAAUAUUAGUAACAAUAACAGCAAUAAUAAUAAUAGCAACAAUAAUAUAAAUAAUAAUAGUAACAAUUAUAGCAAUAAUAAUAACAGUAACAAUAAAAAUUGAUCUCUCUCCCUUUAUAUAGAUUUUUAUGUAUGUAUGUAUGUAUAGCUGUAUAUAAAUAAGACUUACAAAUUAAAAUGCAUCUACAGAGAAUCUGAUUAUAUUUAAAAAUAAUCCAAGCUUAACAUAAAGCGUAUUUUCCUAAUGUUGCAAUAAAGCAUUCUGAGCUACACAGAAUGUGAUCCUAGUUAAAUAAGGUGAUCAUGGUUUACAGCAAUAAAAAAUAUUGUAACGCCAUGAGGUUUCACUGAACCUGAUUAGAGUUAAACUGAUCAUGAAUUAUGGAGAAAAUUUACAUUUCCAUGUAUUGUACGUCGUGCAAAUGAUAACAACCAGUUAAAUUUAGUUUAGUUUAUUUUUCCAAUAUUAUCAGUAAAAAAAUAAAUAAAAUAAUAAUAAUAAUAAAUAUACAACUCUCUUUAAUUACGCCAGGGCCAUAACACUACUAAUUAAUGCUGAAGAAGCCGGCCCAGGCAAUAUCGUAACGUUAUCGAACGCCAUAAAUGGUAAACAGACAGAAUGUUAGUAAAUAUCUCAGUCACGGUGUGUAACAGAGAUACAGGGCUACUGUGGUGGGAUGUAUUUCAUCUCAAAAUACGGGAGAAAGAAACUGCUAUCUGUGUGGGUCAUUUCGGAAUUUUAAAUAUAGUUUUAAUUAAAAAAGAUCAUAUAAGACUAUAUACAAACAUUUAAGCAUCUGUAAUUCUUAGUAUAAAAUGUGUGUAUGUGUGCAGACAUUUUACAUAUACUACAUUUACAUAAAACACACACACUUAGUGCAAAGACACACAGCAUAUACGUAAUAUAAAUAAAAGAGUACUUUAAUUUGAUAUGGUUAGUCAUCACAUAGUCCAAGUCAGGAGGAAGUGUUCUUUUUGUUGUUACAUUGUACAGAGUGAUUGUAGGUGAGCAAUGUUUACAGUAACAGUGUAUCCACAGAGAGUGUGCUUACAAUGUAUCAUGUCUGCUGGGCCUUACUGUGAGUGUCUGUGAUUUUUAUUCUAUACACAGACUCCUGCUUUAUGAAGAAAUCUCCAGAUCAUGAUGACAAACAGGAGGACACAGACAGGCCUAAGCAGAGGAGCCGCAGGAAGCCCAGAGUCCUCUUCUCCCAAGCCCAGGUCUUUGAGUUGGAGAGGAGGUUUAAACAGCAGAGAUAUCUGUCAGCCCCAGAGAGGGAGCACCUCGCCAACAGUCUGAAACUCACCUCGACCCAAGUGAAAAUCUGGUUUCAAAACAGGAGAUACAAGUGUAAAAGGCAGAGGCAGGAUAAAUCCUUGGAAAUGGGGACCCACCACCCACCACCUCCCAGAAGAGUGGCAGUCCCUGUGCUGGUCAGGGAUGGCAAGCCUUGUGUUGGUGGGACUCAGAGUUACAAUGCUGCCUACAAUGUAUCUGCCAGUCCUUAUGGUUAUAACAAUUACCCAGCUUACAGCUACAGCAACAGCCCUUCUUAUAACACCAACUACAGCGGCACUUAUUCAGGACUUCCCUCCAUCCAGCACAACGCAGGAACAAACCCCUUUGUGAACAUGGGCACCUUAAGCCAACAUGGGAACACAUCACAGCACCAGAGCCACCCUGGGGCAUCAAUGCCAGCCUGCCAGGGGACUUUACAGGGGAUUCGGGCCUGGUAGGACAUAAUGUGGGCUUCACCCAUCAAUACAAAGGCAUUCUUGCACUGGGGGGAGAUCUGAGGUCCACUUCCAGGGCAAACUUCUGAAGACUUGUAACUCUCCAGCUGUGAAUGGACUGCAACUACCAUCAUCUUCAGGAAAGCCUGGACCGAGAGUGAUGGGAGCUGAAGUCCAGCAGCUACUUUACCACAGGUUGGGCUUCUAUUUCCUCCUGUCUGGACAGUGUGGACUGUGUAUAAACAAUGGAUUCUCUGCUGUGCAGACACUGUGAAUCUAGAUCUGGGAAGAUAAGGAAUGAGACACACUAAGGUAUUACCCACAGUAUACUCUGUGCUAAGUAAACAGCCAACCAAGCAAGUGGAGAAAGCCUCUGUGCACCAAGCAGCAGUGGACUACAACUCCAAUCACGCUCUAGAUUUGCAUGAUGUGAGUGGAAUUCGACAGCUGCUGAGGUGGCAGAUGGAUUCAAUAUACUAGUCAAUGGUAUUUAUAUAGAAAUAUAUAUACAAAGUCUGUAUGCACAUAUAAACCAUUAUUAAUAUACAUUUUAAAUAGGAACUGGGGCAUUUUAUUACACAGACACACAGACAUAUAAUCAGGGUUAUUUACUGAAGGGAGGACACAACCUGGAUUUAAAAUUCAAGGCCAAAAUAGCUCAACCGGAAAAUGUAUCUAAGUUAUGUCUGCGCACAGUUCGGCUUCAUUGGUCUCAAAUUUGAAAUUCACCGAAUAAUCCUUCAUUGUAGAUAAUAUUUCCCCCCUGGACCAUAACAAUAGCAUUAGCAUGGCAAUAGAAAAAAUAAUUACCUAAAGAAAUGCAAAUGUUAAAAAUAGAAACUCAAAACAAAAGCGUCAAAUAUUAACUUUCUUGAAUUAAAAAACACUUAACUAAAUUGAAAUAGGAUUAUAUAUUAAGCAUUGUCACUAUGUUCCCAGUCGAUGUCACUGUGACACAUUUACUACAAUGGGUUAGAUGGAUCUAAAUGGUCCCAAAUGUCCAAUACAUGUAAUAUUCUAUCAUUAACAUACAAUGUAAUAAACUCAUUUAUCUAACGUGUUCAUGCCAUAAUCAAUCAUGUAAAGGCAUCGAGGGACAACAUAAACCAUUGAAUUAAACACUGUAUCAAUUAUCUUCUCCUCUGUAGAAUCGAAAGUGUUAAUUCCAUCUGAUCAUCAUUUGAUUCUUCAGAGAUAUUUCAUAAAUCUGCAGUUCAGUUAAAAACUCAAAGGGGACAUUGUGUAAUGCCAAUAUCUGUAAUGGAGGUGGAUAUAUGCAGACAGACACACAGGGAGAGGGAUUCUUGCAAGCUUAUAUAUUUCUAUUUGUUUCUGGAGAUGUUUAACCUCAUGUUUGUGUGCAUUUAACCCUUUGAGAACCAAAUAACCUCUCACUCCAGCACUAGAAGCGUUAAGCAAUUCAUACAUCUAACAUGAUAGUUUUCAGAUAAAGGGUUAAUAAUUCUGACACCCCUUAAACUCCCUGUCAUUGCUACAUUGUAUCACAAUAAAGUGUCUCCCUUACUUGUACCCACAAUAUGAUCACUCCCAGAAUUCCCUGUCCUAGGCUAUCCCUCAUUUGGGCCUUAAAGUACCCUUCCCAAACUAAAACUGUCCCAUCCUUGUACUUACAAAUCAUAGCUCAUUUAUAAGAACAUUUUAAAUGACUUUUUAAUAUAUUUACUCAGCAAUUCCCUAUUUAAGAUUUAGUCUGCCCUCUCAGCAAGGAGUCAGAAGAACAAGAACUCAUUGUACAAAAAUAAAUAAAUAAAAUAAAAAAAAAUAAAAAAAACACAUCAAUUUUAAAAUUAUUAUUAUAAUUAUUAUUAUUGUAAAUAGCACCUGUGACUGUUACUAUAUCAUACACGGGGCAGGGGAGUUUUUGUAUGUAUAAAAUACACGUUUAAAAUGCACUAGAAUUGAAUAAAAACUGAGGUGCAAUAUUUCCACUUUCAUUCGGUCGUGACUAUUUUAUAAAAACACAAAUCAAACUGUGUUCGAUCCUCUAGAAUAUCAUGUAUAGUAAUUAUAUAUAUUUUUUGAAGCAUUAAACUAAGAUUUUGCUGUAUUUGUAUAUUUUUUUUGCAAACAAAGAACUUUUUUUAUUUCACAAUUAUCUGCGUACACUUGUCUAUAUAUAACAUUGUAGUUGUGUUUCCACAAACAAUCACGCAUACACAUUUUGUCAUAUAUAUACACUCAGAAAUAUUCAGUAUAUCCCCAUUGAAAAAUGUCAACGUUUCACUCACCAGGGAUACCUUCAUCAGGAGUUCUGCACUGAGGAGAGCUAGGGCACCUGAAACGUAAAUCUAUAACAUCCAACAAGAUAUGUCUAACCAAGAAUCACGGGGACCAUUUAACUUAAAUAAAAUAACAUUCAUGUAAUAUAUUUGCUAUAUUAUAUAAGCCCAAUGCUGACACUGCAUUGUGCCAUUGUAUUUAUUAUAUAGCUGUGUAUUUACAUAUCAGCCAUGCAAUAUUUGUGAUAUAUUCUAGUAUUAUUCUGUGAGCUGGACACACCAUGCAAAUAUCUGUCUUAAUGCAUAUAUUGUAGAUUAACAAACAUAUUACUGUACAAGGCAUUACCAUUUACUAUGCAGAUUUUAUUUUUUUAAACUUUACUUGUAUUUUUUUUUUUUAAUUGAAUCCUGCAUCACCCCCACACCCUUCUCUCCAACCACUCGACAGCUCUGGUUUUGUGUGUCCCUUGUCAUUUAGUAAAAUGUCUUCCAGGGGCUAUUUGGAAAGUGCAAACCUGCCACACUCAGUCCUGAUUGUUAGUAUGCCAGGGAGUGUGAAUGGAAAUCUAUCACAAUUGUAGGACCCAGGCUGUGGUGAAAGGAAUUGCCUGAGCUGGUAUAAGGUAAGAAAGAAUAGCUUUUUAUUGGAUCCAGGAACAAAAGGUGUGUGCUGGGUAGGCUAGCUCCUUAGCAGUAACAAAAACCCCCAAAGAAGCUGAGAUUGACGUUCCUCUAUAUCCCCCAUUGAUUCCCAAACCGAGGUUAUUAUUAAGCAUUCUGGUUACAAGAGGGAUGGAUAAUGUGUUUAGUUUGUUCCCUAUUCUUGGAGUGCAGAGAGAAGGCUGGGAGAGAGAAAGGGGUGGUGAGGCUGAUUAGAGAGAGUUUUCUGACAUGGAGAGUACGAACUCAGCCAUUCAGCAGGAGGCGGGCAGCUUCAAUGCAGGUCAUUAUUGCAACAUGUCUUGCAAUUCUCUGGGACAGAGGGGGAAGGGACAGGGACAGAAGGACCCACAUAAAAAGGUCACAGUCUGUGCCACCACCAGGUCCAGGCACUGAGCUGGGCUUCUCCUCCCUGUGUGUGACACAAUGUAUUCUCCUAUGGAACCUUCGUAGCUGCUGUUUACAAAUAGAACGUUCAUAGAACGUUAACAGAAUUUAGAUACAAUCUGCAUAGAUUUAACCCCUGGGCUGCUAAAUGGAAAUAGAAAUCUAUGAAGUAUUUUGCAGUCUGAGCCCCAACGUUUUUCUGUGCAGACAAGGCCCAUUUUUUUUUUUAAUAUUCUGGGCAUAAAAAACACACUUCUCUUUUGUUACCACUGUAUUUGGCAAAAAGCAUAUGUUUUUAUUUUUAUCUGCAAAUAUUGCACCUUCACAAACGUAUUCCUAGAAAAUGGCAAUAUCUAAUGAUCCCUAAUUUAGACAAUAUAGACACAGUUUAGGUGUGAACAGGUUAAGCAGAAGGUUUGCUAAGCAUCCAGGGAAACGUAGUUCACCAACACCCGCAGUACCAUAGUUAGAAAUAACUAACUUGCCACAGACCAAAUAAAUACCGUCAGAUAUUAUUGGGUGUCUAUUCACUAAGCUGCGAGAUGUGGUGUGGUAAAAACUGACAUAAAAUAGUGUUUGUUUGUUUUUUUUUAGCCAAAUGUUGUGUCAUUCCAGCUCGCUAUUUAGUGAAUGCGACCCGUACACAGUAGAAAACAGUAGUAGGGGUUAAUAAAUCUGUUGUGGUUCCUGACGUGUGUAAAAUGUAUCUCACACCAUGUGACAGGUGUCAGAUCUGCAUUUAAAAACUUUUCUAUACAGGAAGAUAUUGAUAUGGCAUUGUGACAUUUAAAUGUCAUUUUGUAACAAGCUGUGAAAGCAAAAUCGUUUGCAAAAUCAAAAUAGGUUUAAGGAGAAAAUCUAAUUGGAAAACGUCGCUGAAUAAAUGAAUCCAGACAUCAGACUGUUAAAUAAACAAACAAUUAUUUGGGAUGUUGUGGUUUGGGGUUGCAGACGGUUAUUAUUAAAAAAAGAAAAUGAAUUGUUAAAAGUUUUAAAUAUUAAAUUAUUAUUAUUAUUAUUUUUUUUAACCAAACCAAAUGAAUUUGUGAGUAUGUUGUCUAAAGUGUACAGUUUGUUAAAUAUUGUCAAUAUUUUUAAACAUGGAAUUAUGAAUUCAUAAUAAUCUUUAAAGGGACAAAAAUAUUAGGAUUUAAAAGUAACAAUGCGAUCUAGGAUAAUAAAAUUGAAUCUUUAAUAUCCGUUUUACAGUGUCUACAGUGUGUUUGAAAUGAGAUAUAUUCUUAUAGGGCAAUCAUACAUUUCUGUAACAUCCACUUUACACUUAGAACUGCUCGACAAACAUAGGGAUAUUUCAAACAGUUUACAUAAAGUUGCUGUUUGAAGACUCACACUGUAUCCGUCAAUCUUCCCAUGUGUAUCCACUAAAUUGGGAAUUAUGAUCAGGGAAUUACAACAUUUAGGCCAGAACAGCUGAUCUGGAUUAAUCGAUGCAACGAGGAUCAUUUUUUUUCAGUUAUUUUGGCCUGAACAUAAGUUCCCUUAUCAGUUCUCAGUUCAGUGAAUUAAAACAUCUGUGAUGAAGUGUUUCUAAUUUUAAUUAGCACAAUUCUUAAUUUUACAUUUUUUAUCAUACACAAGGUAUUUUAUGCAUCACAUUAUUUUAUUAAUAGGAAACUUUGGACACUAUUUUUCAAGACAAACCUAGAGCAGGGUUUUGGGCAAAAGUCUAAUUAUUGAUCACCACUGGAAACUAUAGCCAUUUUCUUCAGAUUUCUUCAAUGUUUAACACUUUGCUUUAAAAUUGCCCCAUUUUCCCUUAGUAAAGGUGGAGUUAAUUUUUUUUAUAUAAAUUUUUAAAUAAAUUCUAUAUAUACGCUUGUAAUAAAUGACCUUAGAUGUAAAGUUGUAAAAUAAUGAAAACAUAAAUAAAAAUAAUAUAUAUAUAUAAAUAAAAUAUAUGUUAACAUAUUCAGACUGUUACUGAAAGUAUAACACAGUUUUUAAAUCACUAUUAAAUGGCGGAGAUAAUUAACAAUUAAUAAUUGAGGUUCAAUGUAACACCAUGGUUGGUGUAAGCUAGGAGAUCUAUUGCAGAUAUUAAUGGGAUAUUGUUACAUUUAUGUGGACUGUAUAAGGAAGUAUAUAAAUGUGUUGAUGUCUCAUUAGAAGAUGCUCAAAACAAACCAUAUUUGAACCUAAAACAUGUUAUAGUACACAGUUAAUGUAUGUUAUAUAUUGCCCUGGUUUGUUAUACUUGAUACACAUACUUUGACCCAUAAAUUACUUGUAAUACAACUAAGUGUCUAUAGGAGUUCAGUCAUUAAUCUAAGGGUUGUGUUGAAUCAACAAGGAAAUUGCACAUUUAAGCCCCCCCAAAAAAGCUCCAAUACACCACUUUUUACAGUUGAGCUAUUUUUUGUUUAAAACUAGAAUUUUUUACUUUGGGAAUUUUGAAAAGAAAUCACUAAAACAUUUGUAAAAUAAUAAAUAACACUAUUUAUCAGUAAAUCAUUAUAUUGGUUAUUUUAUUGAUACAGUAAUACAUAAUAGGUCUUAGUGUAAUUUGUUCAUUAUUAAAAAAAUAUAACAAUUUGAUAUUUAAUAUCAUUAUAAUGUAUAGUGUAAUGCUGUUUCAUUGCAAAAAGUAAAAACACGCCUUUUAGGUGAUUUCUAAGAGGCCAAUUCCUCACGACUGCACAUCACAUCAAUGUCUGUUAUAGAGUAAUGAACUAGUCCCAUCAUCCUUGGCCAAAUAGCUUGGAGGACAUAAGCAGUGGUAGCUGGUGAUCUUUAAGGAUGGGGUUGGGUUGACUGUACCCCUGGAAUGUGAUUCUGUCUAUUUUAUUUACUUACUCAACUCCUGUCGCUAUGAGUUUCUAAAAACAAGUAUGUGGGAAACCACAACCACUUUAAAGUAGUUUCACUCCACCCCCUGAUUUUGCUAGCUAAUGACAGCCCCAGAAGACAGAACAAUGUGUAGGCCUUUCCUUUAGGGAGUCCAGGAUGUAAUGGCCCAAUGCAAAGCCAACUGGUAAAUGUGGUAUCCUGAUUGAGCAUGCUAAGUAUGUCUGGAAGGGGGCAUUUGGGUUAAAACCUAUUUUCAGUAAAUAUUUAGAAAAAAAAAACUCCAUGGAGAAAGUGUAAGAGGUGGGAGACAUCUGAUUCCACAGAUCAAAUUAUACAAGUAAACAAACUUAUUACUAAAGACGCUUCCGAUGCAAAGACCUAUUAAAACUCAGUCACAUGAUGUAUAAGCCAUAGGAAAGCAUUGCAUUUGAUGCUUCCCUAUGGAGAAGCUUGAAUGCAUAAUUAGUUUCAAUGCUCCUCUAUUUCUGUGAAAUUCCAACACAGUCGAUGUGUUUAUUUCACAAAAGAUUUUAUCUUUAUGAAAUACUCCUUUUGCGGGAUAGGGGUUGGCAGGGGAGACAUUGCCACUUUAACCUAACACUUCCAAUCUCCUGCUCAGUUAACUGCCUGCUAGAGCCUGCAAAGCCUCAUUUGUGUGAUUCGAGUUCAAUUAACAGUGUAAGACCUUCUAAAAUAAACACUCUGUCCUGUAAUAGCUGAUUGAAAAUGAAACAAUUAUUUCCAUGUUGGCUGUGUACGUCUCAGCCAGAGGAGGUGUGGCUAAGACUGUAUAAACAGAAACAAAAUUGAUUUAUCUCCUAAAUGGCAGAGAAUUGAGCAAUGAGACUGCAAGCGAGUGAUCUGUACACCAAAACUGCUUCAUUGAGCUAAAGUUCUUCAUUUAAUUGAAUAACGCAUACAUACUACUGAUACUUAUGCAGAUAUAUUUGAGUGAAGAAUUAUUUUGUUGAGUAGUUCAAUGGUUUUCCAUAUUGUGUACAUCUUCAUUAAGAGGCGUAAGUCCCUUUAAAUAUUUAUUUUCUGUGAAGAAUUAAUUUCUAACCAAGGAUCUGGCACUUUCAAUGUUUGCAGUGACUCAAUUUUCUGUGACGGUUUCUGGUUUUACCUUCCUGGCCCCUGUACCUCAUGGUCCAAUGCCAAGACUGAAUAGCCAAACCAGACAAAAAAAAAGCCAAAACAGUCAUCAAUGCUUCUAGUUUGGGUACUUUGGCCUUGAAUUUGAAAUUCACUUUGAAUUCUAAUUUUAGUGAAAAACCCUGUGAGAAUUGUGGAGAUUCUAAAAUUCACCCUAAAUCACCCAUUUCAGGUACCCUGGCCAAAAAAACGCAAAGACUGGGUAUACUAUACAACAUUUCCAGCAAAUGUCUCUGAUUUAGAGAGAGCUUUAUUCCAGACAAGAAGAAGCAAAUCUGGAGUCCAACUGAGACACUAAAUAAAGAUCUCACAAUCAAAUCUUUACCUUUGAAACCACUGUACAAAAUGCAUUGAAAUGGAGAACAAGUUGAGGAGCCAUGCCAUGUAUCUGCACUACAGAGCUCGACUACCCAUUAGGCAACCAAGGCGGAUGCCUAGGACUUGGGCUCAAACCCAAUGGGCCCCGAGCCCCUGCUGUACAAAUAUCAGGUAAAGACAAUUUUAAGAGUGACAUUGUGGUCCCCCCAGCCCUUCUCAAUGACUCAGAACACCAAAGCGUGCGUUCUGAGUCAGUGACUGAGAGACGGAACUGUGAGGGUACAUGAUACUGGUACAGACGAUGGAGCUCCCCAUUGAACCAGGGAUCCCGCUCACCUUCCACUCGAUUACCAGGGAUCCAGCUCACCCUCCACUCAAUUACCAGGGAUCCAGCUCAACCUUCAAUCAAUUAACAGGGAUCCAGCUAAACCUUUACUCGAUUACCAGGGAUCCAACUCACCCUCCACUCGAUUACCAGGGAACCAGUUAACCCUCCACUCGAUUACCAGGGAUCCAGCUCAACCUUCACUUGAUUAACAGGGAUCCAGCUAAACCUUCACUCGAUUACCAGGGAUCCAGCUAACCCUCCACUCGAUUACCAGGGAUCCAGCUCACCCUCCACUCAAUUAACAGGGAUCCAGCUCAACCUCCACUCGAUUACCAGGGAUCCAACUCACCCUCCACUCGAUUACCAGGGAUCCAGCUCACCCUCUACUCGAUUACCAGGGAUCCAACUAACCCUCCACUCGAUUACCAGGGAUCCAACUCACCCUCCACUUGAUUACCAGGGAUCCAGCUCAAACUCAACUCGAUUACCAGGGAUCCAGCUAACCCUCCACUCGAUUACCAGGGAUCCAGCUCAACCUUGACUCGAUUACCAGGGAUCCAGGUCACCCUCCAUUAGACCACCAGGGAAAGUAAGCGGGGAUGAAAAACAUAUGCACAACACUCAGACUCCCCUACACAUACACACAAUUCAAGCAACACACACACACACACACAAAACACACAGAUACACCCAGCCCCCAAUACAGUACUCAGCAUCCUCCACAAAUAGAACACUCAUCCACUACACACGGUCGCACACACAAUACUCACUCAAGAACACAACACUCACAAAAACAGAGCCCAGGGCUCUAGGAGGGGGCCCAAAUCUGGCACCGUGCCUAUGGCCUUGGGCAACCUUAAUCCAGCUCUGGUACACUAACAUGUUUUAAACAAGAUCUUUAAGAUGACUAUGAAAACAUGUUAGGGCACAUGUCUGUUCUUGCUCCCAAUGCUUAUCCAACUGUCCAAAUGUCCAAAUUAGUCCCAAAAUUGUCUUCAUGCUUCGUGAUCAAGUAGGAGUGUGUUUUUUUUUUUGUGUCACUCUGGUCUUGUUAAGUUUGUUGCAAUUCCAUUGUCAGUUCUUCAGAAUUUCCAUUUUUAAUGCCCUCUAGACUGUAGGCUCGUUUGUUCCUGUGUCACUGUGUAAUUGUCUCAUUUAUUGUAAAUUCAUGCCCCCGCCCCCCUUUCAUAAUAUUGCAAAGCACUGAGGAAUUAGUUGGCGCUAUAUAAAUACCAAUAAUAAUAAUAAUAAUGAUGAUGAAAAAACCCAGUGUGGGCUGGAACAUAUAUUUCAUCCCCUAUGAGUGGUUAAGGUACGGCUUUACUGUGGCAUUACUAAAAAUGUUCUACAAAAUAUCCUGCUUGUCAACAUUCAUAGACAGUGACCGACCAUUUAUUACAAUACUUUUCUGUCAACAAAGAAAUUAAGACACGUAUAGUGAUAAAUUAGUUGUGCAAGCUAUAAUGUCAGUAAAAACCAAAUAGAAAAAUAAAAUAAAUGUCACUAUAGUGAGUGUUGCUUGAGGGACGGGGACCUCACAGUUUGUGUAUAAAGAUGAUCAAUUAGUUGACUCUACAUGGGAUCUUGCCUGGUUCAGUAACUAGAUAUGGAUAAUAAGCAUAGAUUCAAGUGAUUAUAGCGAGGCCCUGCAGAUCAGCUUUGGUGUAUCCAUCGCCUUUCAUCUCGUAUCGUGUAACACUGUCAUCUGUGGGACCUGCAGCAGUUCUGGUAGCAGAGUGACAGUCCUUAACUAGCUUUGUAACCAUCCCAUGAAUCACCGUUAAGGCAUUCUAGACUGGAGUUAGAGAAUUAAUGCCAUUUCUAAUGUGUUGUUUGAGAAGUGUAAACAAUCUCCUCCUUCCUCUAUAUAUCUUCAUCCCUAACAAAUCUGUCUGUGCCACUUCUCCUGGCUUUCCCAGUGGGGACAUGUUUAACGUUUAAAGUGCCCCAAACAUCCUUUGAUUGUGCAGAAGUAGGCUGGAGACAGAGUAGCUUUGAGGAAUCCUACCUGACGGUUAAACACUUAAGAUUGUAUCACUUUAUUUUCUCCUUUCCCAGAUUCCCACAGCCUCCACCCAAACUAUUGUCUUUAAACUGAGCACCCAGCAAAGAGAUAGCGACUGCUUGAAAUAAGAUACAGGAGAAUCUUCCGUACAAAACCAGGAAAUCUACAGCCAAUACAAUUAACGUUAACUAAAGAGCUAUAUUUUGAGUGAUACAUGUUGUGAAAUUGAUAUGGAUCACAAGAUGCCUUUAGCGAGCUAGUUUUUAUUUCCUGUAAAGAGGGCAAUUAUUAGAGACGACUUGUUGAAAUACAAAGAUAAAUAUGAAGAAUAAUAAAUAUUCUCAGAUCAGAGCAGCCACCUACUUACAAUAUGUUGGACCUUAUAAUUAACACUGAAGAAAAGCACAACAAAUGAAGGGACUUUAAUCCGAUAUUGGUAAAAUACUGCAAACGUGUGAGAACGUUUGGAUGUUACUGGCUGGGAAACGAUGGUGGGUUAGGUUAUUCAGAAACAUCCGGAGUGUUGACAUUAGAUACACAAGAUAAUCAAUGCUAUAACCGCUGCAUUAAACAUAAUAAAAUUAAGCUUUCCGAGAUUUUUCUUCAAGAGAUGCUCCAAGCACUAUAACAACUUAUUUAACAAAUGUGCUCCGUGAAUAAUUUAUGGCAGAAUGACGUCUCUUAUCUCCGUUUUUCUCUGCACGGGUAAGAUAAUAGUUGCAUCAAAUUAAAAGAAAAAAAUUGUGCAGUUUUAAGCUCACUUCUCUACUCAAGUAUAUCAAAAGAGAAGGUUAGACCUCUUCUGCCAGUACAAGUACUUGUAUGCUUUGGGCACACAUGGCUACUUGAGACAGACAUCCUCAAGCACAGGGCCAGAGUGUCCUAUAGGCGACUUAGGCAGUCAGCUAGGGCACACCGGCUCGGGGAAGCCAGAUUUGAGUGACCGGCAGGAGGGAAGCGCACAGCGCUCCCUCCUGCCGCUCACUCAAUGUAGUGUGGCCGGGAAGCACGGAGCGCAGUACAGGAGCUUCUGUUUCCUGUACCCGGCCGCCGGCGGACUGACAGGAAGUGCUCACCCAGUGAGUGCUUCCCUUUAGUCCGCCGGCGGCCGGGUACAGGAAACAGAAGUUCCUGUGAGCACUUCCUGUCAGUCCGCCAGCAACUGGGUACAGGAAACAGAAGCUCCUGUACUGCGGUCCAUGCCGCCCGGCCACGUUACAUAGGUAGGAGGCACAAAAGGGAGGGAAGACCACCAAGGGGGGAAGAGGGGAAGGAUCACCAAAGGGGAGACAUAAGGAGGGGAAGGACCACUAAGGGGGGAAGAGGGUAAGGACCACUGAGAGAGGGGGUAAGGACCACUAAGGGAGGGAAGAGGGUAAGGACCACUAAGGGGGAUUAAGGAGGGGAAGUACCACCAAAGGGGGGUUAAGGAGGGGAAGUAUCACUGGGUGGGAAGAGGGUAUGGACCACUGAGGGGGGGGCUAAGGACCAAUGGGGGAUAGGGGGAAGAGGGUAAGGACCACCAAAGGGGAUAGGGAAAGGAGGGGAAGUACCACCAAAAUGGGUGUAAGCAUGGGAAGGACCACUCAGGGGGAGGGAGGACCACUAAGGGGUUUGGGAGAGGGGGGAAAGGGAGGACGACUAAGGGGAGAGGGUAAAGACCUCUAAGGGGAGGAAGGGGAAAGAGGGUAAGGACCACCAAAGGGGGAUAAGGAGGGGAAGGACCACUAAGAUGUUUGGGAGAGGUGGGAGUGAGAAGACCACUUAGGGGGGAUUGCAGAGAGACUGGGGGCCAAGGGAGAGCACUAAGGGACAGGAGGGGGAGAAAACUGAGGGACAGGAGGGAAAGGGAGAUCACUAAUUGACAGGAGGGGAGAGCACUAUAAUUUUUGUUUAAAAAAAAUAAAGAGCUGAUCCCCUCUCAGUCCCUAUCCUACCCCACAAACCCUCUAUUUUACACUACACAAUGCAUCCCCACACACAUACACAAAAACAUACAAUGCAUCCCUACUCACACACAGACACACCAAAACACACAAUGCAUCCCGAAUGCGCACACACUGAUUCUCAUACACACAGAAACAAAAUGCAUCUCUUAUGUGGAGCUGCUUCCUGUUCAUUAAUUGUUGUGAGCAGUGUUACAAACAGUCUCCAGAGAGCCUCUUCUAUACCAAACCUGUGGAGCCAGACAGAGCCCAUCAUCAGCCUCUGGUGGUAAGUAGGCAAUCCAGUAUAUUAUUAGUGGCACUAAUCUCUAAUUUACCUCACAUUAAAUUGAUACUAUAAUCACCAGAAGCACUACAUCUUAAUGUAGUAGUUCUGGUGUCUAUAGUAGUCUGUUCCUGUAGGCUUUUUAAUGUAAACACACUGUCUUUUCAGAUAAAAGACACUGUGCGCAGAACUGGCGUUGGCCCAUAUGAGAGAGCAUAUGGGUGGGGCAUUGUGAUGUCACAUGGUGGGCAGGACAUAUGGGGGGGCGGCAAUUUUUUUGCUUAGGGCGGCAAAAAUCCUUGCACCGGCCCUGCUCAUGCAUUUCAGUGGGAAAGCCUGUGUUACAAUCACAUCUAUCUUCUUUCACGAUAAGAAAAUAGUCACAUAAUGAUAUAGGCUGAAAAAAAGACACGUCAUGAAGUUCAACCUUUAAUACAUCUCUGAUACUGCUGAUCUCAAAGAAGGUGAAAACCCUAACUAUAAAUGGCUACUCCAACCAAAAACAGUGUUUUAUAAAACACCUGUAAUCCGGAGCUAAGGCUAAGUUCUCCCUGCUGCCCGAUCCUCCUUCUGUGACAUCACUCCCUCUCUCUGCACAGCGAGAGAAGUCACAAAGCAGAGGGAAGAAUAAAGGGCAGGACAAGGGAGUGGGGGUGAAUACUUAAACACUGGACAUGCAGACACCUCCACCAUGACCAUUUAUGGCACAACUGGAAACCACCAACAUUUGGAAACCUCCAGUGACUUGAGUAGUCAUGGUGGUAGGAGUAUGUGCGUGCACUUUUGUGCUGGGGGCUAGUUACACCCCUGGCACACAUGAAUUAGUCAUUCCAGAACUCUGUUCCUGGCAGCCUAAUGUCAGUUCUGUGCAUAACAUAUGUCUGUUGUCAGCGCGCACAGCUUGCUGCCAACAGACGUAAUAAUCUUUUCCCUUGUAGGCAGAGCGUCUGCAAUGGGAAGCUAGCUUUACCCUCCCUCUCUGUGUGUAACCCACGAUGGCCUGGAUUGCCCCUUUAAAGAGAACGAAUAUGUCUACACAUUAAUUAUUUAUCCAUCUCUAGCUAUUUAUAGCCCUUAAGAAAUACGAUCUCUCGUCAGAGGACAUGUUUGUUCCAAAUACCUUAACAAUCUCUCGGAAUUUCCUUCCAAAAUACCAGCUAUUAAAAUAGAAGAUAUGUGACAUCCUAAUAAGGCAAUCUCAAAACAAAAUACAACUGUGGAUAACAACUGAAAUCGGAAUCAGUGAGAGCUAUGAUAUAUACAGUUACAUGUGAGUGACAAUUUGCAUGGGAUUAUUUUCCUAAUUGCAAGAAACACAAACACAGUAUAUCAGUCAUUUGAUCUAAAGCACCUCUCACGACAUCUCCAGGGAUGGCCUCUAAGGUCUAGUACAUCAGUUUGGUGAUAGUGUUUGGGUUGGGUAAAUCUAAACAGACUGUUUGAUGCCAGACACUCAAUAGGCUUCUUUUAUUGACAUGGUCAACUCUGUUACUGUUUGUGACACGAAUAUUUGUAUCUAUCUUUUUAAUUUUGUAAAAAAUUUUUUACAGGCACUAAUUGGCAAAGGGCUUUGAAAACUUGGCUUCUUCGGCGUUAAAUUUUUAAUUCACUUUGAAUUCCUGGCAAUUGUCAGUUUAGUAAAUAACCCUGACUAUAUUUAGACUUGUUCCCUUCUCUACUGUGUUCCUGACCCGGCUUGUUAUUUGACCAAUCUCAGCCCAUACAGAUUCCUGGUGUUAUUCUGCAAUUCUGACUGUAGCCAUACUAAAAUAUCAAAAAAUACAUAAAAUGUAUAAAAAUAUAUAAUAUAUCAAUGUAUCAAAGCAUUUCAAAAUAUUGCAAAAUGUAAAAUACAUGUAAAAAUAUUGAAUCAUUAGAAAAGCUUAUUCAAUAAUAUUAAAUCGAGGCCUUAGUUCUGAUUCUCGGUUCAGGUACUUGUGAAAUAUUCAUGAUGUACGUUGAUCUGGUGCUACAAAAAUAUUAAAUACUUUUUACAGAUAAAACCAAGAUUGGUAAGGGCUAUAAUAUUUAAAUCACAUGGUGCUCUCCACUUUAUCAGUAAGAACAUUUGACGGAAUUUCAGCCUCGGCUCUGACUGAGAACAUCACAGUAACAUCAGAGGCUGCAAUAUUUGCAUAGGAGGUUUUCCAGUGCCCUAACAAGCCAUCCUGUCAUUUUUUGUUUGUUUUGUUUUUCCCUUGGUUUUUUGUGUCUGUGUAUUUUAGUGUUUUUACUGCGUGAUAAUGAUUUGGAAGAAGUCUUUGCGGAAUAACAAACUAUGGUCUUGAUUUAAUAUGGUUGGACACUCUUUUCAAAUGAUAUAUUUUUGUAUAAACUUUUAAAAUGAGUUAAUAUUAUGAAACAAAUUAUUUACAUUUAGUAUUAUUUUGAUAUGUUCUUGUAUAUUAAUAUAUUUUUUAUAAUAUAUUUUAUAUUUUUUUUUAAUUUUAAUAUUUUUAAUAAUAAAUCCAGGUCUAUAUGAGGAAAUGGUGUAUAUAUUUUAAUAGCUUGUGUAAAUAUUUUAAUCUCUCUUCGUCCACCUACCUACCUACCUAGGUUAAUAAAGGUGUUAAACCUUUUUGUAAUGGAAAUGUUAGGUUUAAUACGGUUUACUGCAUGGUACCAAGCAAACUCAAUGUCUUCAAUUCAAAAGAAUCACUAAAACGUUUUUUUUAAAAAUGCAUAUGUACUAUAAACCGGAUCUUAUAUUACUUCUGUUAAUUUUAUAUUUUGCAGUAUGCGUUGUCGUAUGCAACAUGUUUGGAAAGUAGAAUGCUAUUAUCUGUCCACACUAAAAUCAUUUUCAUAAAAUUUGAAUGUGGUAAUAUAUUACAGUUUGAAUGUUUGCAAUCUUACUAUGAGAGGACAGAUAAAGUAAUUAUCCUAUUUGGGUUCUGUAAAAUAAAUCCCAGCCCUUUCUCAUUAAUCUAAUGAAAACACAGUUCAUCUGGCUAUAACACUGGAUUCUUUGGAACCGAAAGAUUAAACAUUGUACAUCAUACACAUUCAAACAGCAAACAAUAUUUCUUAUCUAAUACUCCUUUAUCUCUUAUGUAACGGCACCCCCAGGCAUAAAAGGGGUUAAAACGCCAUUUAGAAGAUCUUCCCCUUCCAGAGACACAGGCACAGCUACCGCAGAACCCCAAACUCCCAAAAAGGCUAUAAAGUAGCACUCCAAACUCCCGAACUGGAACCUCACGAAUAGCUGCUAGCAGCUGAACAGGAAAAGCACCCAAUCGGCUUACACUCCUGGCAAUCAGUCUCUAAUAGCACACAGUAAAUCCCCCCAAGAACGAGACAAAGCUCUGUGUUGAGGGUCAAGUAGUGAACAGACAGAGCUGUGGGUUUAUUGUUCUUAUAUACACAUUCUUACACAUUAGUAGCACCCACAGGGUUUUUUAAAACAACCAAUAAACACGUACAAUACACUCAGACACUCCCACAACAAAUCCUCCCCUCUGCCUGUGAUACAAUUACCUUACACAAUGGGUUAAUGUAAUUAUCACAGACAGAGAAAUACAGUUUUUCCACCUUAUUCAUAACUUUAAAAGUAUACUUCACAUUCACAUAAAACUUACAUCAGAAUCAGCAUACUCCAAAUACAAACAUAUGUCAAAAUCAUCCAAAUUGGUCCAGUGGUUCAAAAGAUAGAUCGAAGUCCUUUGUGACCAAAUGAAGCAUGGCUUUUCUGCCCAAAACCAGUUGCACAGAGUCUUCUAUCCUGGAGAUAGUUGGGAAGUAAUCCAGUUAACUCCAAGGACAGAGGCAAAACUCCAUUGAACACAUGGUAGCAAAAGACAAUAAAAUACAUAAAAAUAUAUAACUGUGCAGCUAUGGCAUAAAACAGGUACUGAGCGCACAUUAUUACUGAAUGGCGCUCAGAUCACAUACAUACAGUUCAAUUGCCAUGUAGCCAAAGUCUUUCACAUAGUCUUUCGUUAUACGAAUGUGCUACAUGGCAUAGCUAUCUGGGGUAUCACCGUUCAAAUAUGGCAAGUACCGAAUGACCCGGCUUUCGUGUCUUUGCAGGGGAAAAUCAAGCGUUUCAACAUGGGGCCAUAGUCUAAAGGCAGCAGGCGGGCAACCAGGCUCCUCUAAUGCACAGUGGCGAGAUUGGUCUUGUCACACCUUAUUUUAUCAGUAAGGUAUUCAGUUUGGCUAAACAACAAUACAAGGCAAUAGGGUGCGCCAGGGGGUUAGGGGUGAUUAAUACAACUGAAGUGAAACAGAUAAUACGUGGUCAGUAAAAUGAUAUAAAAUCAUAUAUGCAUAAAAACAAACAAGCCAAAGAGUCCAAAAUGAGGUAUUAAUGUAUAGGUAAGUCUAUAAGAAUUUGCCUUUAUCUCCAGGUGAGUAUGUCUUCCAGAUAGUUGACUCCAGGGACGUAAAAAAUAAGAGAAGAAUUACAAUAGUGCAAUAUGUUUAAAAUAUAUUAAAAGCUUAGGUAAGGUGAAAUCCAAAUUGGCCUACUCACAUGUGAUAGAGCUUAAAACCAGCUCUACUUUGAAGUGCUUGCAGUGGUAUUAUUCCCCCACUUCAGGGAUAUGGGCCAGUGCAUAUCUUGUCAGCAGGAUAUGUAAAAAUACAUCGAAUAGUGCUCUCUGUAUAAAAUAUAUGUAUCCAGGAGAAGAAAUAAAUUAAUAGUACUCACAUUUACUUGAGCAGAUAACCUGCUCAGUGUAAUCAGCGCUGGUGGUAUAAUCCCCACCAUGGAUACUUUGUGAGGUCCUUGUAUUGUUCUUUGUCCUUAUUGGGUUUUUAGGAGAGACUUACCCAUUUAGGUGUGCUGCCUCCCCUUCCUCUGACUUAGCGCUAUUCCACCCCUUGUUUAGCGCUAUUCCACCCCUUGUUUAGGGCUAUUUCACCCCUUGUUUUUUUCUACAUUCAGUUUGGCUACCCUAGGUCCAGCUAAGACAAUAGCCUUAACCGACACUGACACACAUGCACAUCACCAACAGCACUCACAGAUAUAUUUAGCUUAACACACAUACACCCAGACACAUUCAUAGCAAUAAAAAAUCUAUUUUUUUUAAACAUACAUAACACUUUAAUAUAUACACUGUGCAGAAUGCAACCACACAGUUUGACCUAACAAAAUACUGGUGUGUGUGUGUGUGAGAGAGAGAGAGAGAGAGAGAGUGUGUCUGUCUGUCUGUCUGUAGGACAUAAAAUCUACAGAAUCACACAGGAAAUAAUUUUGUUUCUUUGCAGGGUGAAAGCCAGCGCUAGAGCAAAGUGAAAGAUUAAUCGGGAAAUGUAAAAUACAAGUUAAUUCAUGUAAACACAUUGUUAGGAGGAAAGUGAUUGCAACACAAACAUCUUAGUUUUAUUGAUUAAUGUAACAUUUAUUAUAGGUGACAGAUCCACUUACAACACUCCUAUUAUAUUUUAAUUGGCCUAUGUAGUGAUAAACUAAUUCUAAAGGUGAUGAAAGUCAAGGAAGGACUUACUCAUGUUAUCUCUAUUAUCCAUUUUAAUUCUUCAGUCAGACUAUUUGCUGCAUAAAGGUUCAGAUUAUUUGGCGUGUUGAUAGAUACUAUCUGUCACUCUAAAUUGUUAGCCGAACAUUAUGACAAGCAUAGUCAGCAUCAGGGAAACGAUUCUAGGUGGCAAGGAUUUCAAAAAAUAUACAUCACUAGAUCAUACAUUGUUAGUGUUUCUAAAUAGUUUAUGAGAUUUUAAGAUGAUUUUAAUUACACAUUUCCACUUACAUGAGUCAUUCUAAAAAUAAUAGACUUGAAAAUAAUUGUUUCAGCUGGACCACUUCGUCUGAAAAUAAAAGAUGUUUUCGGUCAUAAAUUGGUUUGGCUCAUCUGAAUUUCGUUUACAAUAAAAGAUUUAGAAAAACAAAUCAGAUGAACCAAAAGGGUGCAGAAAUGGGGCAAAUCAGUCUACUGCAAAAGAUAUAUAGGUAAUAUAACUAUUUGUGUAACUAUAUAUAUAUAUAUAUAUAUAUAUAUAUGUCUCCCCACCAUUUGGUUCAAGGAAAAAGGAAGGGCAGUAAAAAAAAAAAAAAGUUUACAAAAUCUACAUUUAUACAUUAUAUCAUUAAAUAUAUAUUAUAUGAAAAUAGCUUCUUUUUUUUUUUUUUUACUUCUACUCUUUUUCCCCUCUAUUGGUCAAUUCUCACUUUAGCCAUGAAUAAAAUCAACAUUUAGGGACUGUGCCCUAGAUAUCAAUCAUCUUUCUUUUCUCUUUUUUUGGCACUUCAUGUGGAAUUCUGAAUCGCAAGUCAAAACAAACAUGCUCGUCCAAUGCUCGUUUUGUUCGGCUUGUGAUUCGGUUACAUUUCGGUUUGAAGUUCGGCAAUUUGGAUGAUCUCCUAGUCUGCCCAUAAUUAUAUGAAUUGCAGUUCAGAAUGAAACAAAUCUCCAAGUGUGAAAAUGAAUAAUAGUACUAACUAAAAAUAAAUCCUAAAUAUUUCUACUUGGUUACUAUAUUCUACAAAGUAUUCUAAACCACUGCCAUAUGAUGAUUACUAACAGCAGAUAAGCAGAUUGGUUGGGAUGCACUGGCUCGCCUGCAUUGUAAGGAGUCAAACUGUUUUUGAAAAGUUUGACUGCUUACCAUGGUCCUGGGCACUGCGCCAUCCCUUUACUACUAUCUCCCGUGAGGCGGACAUACCACAGCAGGAACUGUCAGCCAAUAAGCUAAGCCUUACUUAGGACCUUUCCACUUCUUCAGUACUCAUUUGUGCUUUUUACACUACCAAGAGCUGCCAGUGUGGGUAAUUAUGUGAGAUCCAAGGUCAUCUGUGUCAGAUCUAUAUGCAUGCUCUGCUUAGCAUAAUUUUUCUAAAACAGUCUCACUUUAUUAGUCUCCAAAUUAUUAUGCAAAUGAUAUUUUUCUCAUUUACCUAAAUAAUUGAUGUAAAAACCAGUCAGCAUAAUUCUCAUGUUAUCAACUAUUAAGAGUAUAAUUCAAAUUUUAUUGAACAAACCUCCUAAUGAUAACAGUAUUUUUUUUUAAACAUGAAAAACUUACAAUGCACUGUUCCAAAUUAUUACGCACAGUAAGUUUCAAAACACUUUGUUUCAAAACACUUUAUAGGUUGUAAAGAACUGAAAAUUGUCAUUUGUUGUGUUUGCAGCAUAUUUACUGAAAUCAAAAGCUAUUUCAAUCAAACUUAUAACAACAUUUUAACUUUUUAAACAUUUUAACAGGUCACAUUACAUUUUAACAUAGGACCCCUUAUUUGAUAGCAGCUUCACAAGUCUUGCAUCCAUCAAACUUGUGAGUUUUUGGACAGUUUCUACUUGAAUUUGUUUGCAAGAUGUCAGAAUAGCCUCCCAGAGGUGCUGUUUGGAUGGAAAUGCCUCCCACCCUCAUGGGGGCCACACCAUGACUUUCUUUCCUUUUAUCCCCAUAGCAGCCAUUGAUGCAGAGGUAUUCUUUGCAGCAUGAGAUGGUGCAUUGUCAUGCAUGAAGAUGAUUUUAUUACGGAAAGUAUAGUUCUUCCUUCUGUACCAGGAAAGAAAGUGGUCAGUCAGAAACUUCACAUACUUUGCAGAGGUCAUCUUUACACCUUCGGGGACCCUAAAGGGGCUGACCAGCUCUCUUCCCAUGAUUCUGGCCCAAAACAUGACUCCACCACCGCCUUGCUGACAUCGCAGCCUUGUUAGAACAGGGUUGCCGUCCACCAGCCAUCCACUACUCCAUCCAUCUGGACCAUCCAGGUUUGCACGGCACUCAUCAGUGAACAAGACUGUUUGAAAAUUAGUCUUCAUGUAUUUUUCUGCCCAAUGCAGCCGUUUCUGCUUGUGAGCAUUUGUUAGUGGUGGCCGAAUAGAAGGUUUAUGCACAGUUGCAAGACUCUGGAGCAUAGGCGUGCGCAGCCUAUUGCAUUAGGGUGUGCACCCUAAAGCACAAACAUACGCCGCGUGUGUGUGUGUGUAUAUAUAUAUAUAUAUAUAUAUAUAUACAUAUAUAUAUAUAUAUAUAUAUACAAUAUAUAUAUUCACACACACACACACUCACAGACACACACACACACCACACACACAUACCACACACUUACAGACACACACACUGACACACACUGACGCACACACACACACACACACUGACACAUACUCACACACUCACUGACACACACACUCACAGACACAUACUCACACACUCACACUGACACACACUCACAGACACACACUGACACAUACUCACACACUCACUGACACACACACUCACAGACACAUACUCACACAUUUACACACAAUCACAGACACACACUCACAGACACACACUGACACACACACACUCACAGACACAUACUCACAUACUCACACACUCACUGACACACACAGACACACACACACACUCACAGACACACACACACACUGACACAUACUCACACACUCACUGACACACACUCACACUCACAGACACACACACUCACAGACACACACACACACACUGACACAUACUCACACACACACUGACACACACACACACAAAUUAUUAUAUUUAAUUUUUUUUUUUUUAAAUGUCCACCCAGCCUCCUACCUGGAGUGCUGGUGGACUUGUUCCUGGGGUCCAGUGGGGGCGGGCACCUUUCUCCAGCUCAGCCGCGGCGAGGGAGCUCUCUGCUCUCUGCUUCCUCUCGCCGCGCGGGCUGUCUGCUGGCUCCCGGCAUCAGCGCGCGGCGAGAGGAAGCAGAGAGCAGAGAGCUCCCUCGCCGCGGCUGAGCUGCAGGGUGGGGGGGAAUCAUCACCUCUUGCCCUCCCAUGACAGGGGCAAGAGGUGAGACAGGGGACACUGAGUGCCUGCAGGAACAGCGUUCCUGCUCAAAAAAAGUGCAGGAACGCUGUUCCUGCAGGACUCAAACCAUAGGCGUGCGCACGGGGAUUAGGGUGUGCCCAGGCACACCCGGCACACCCCGUGUGCACGCCUAUGCUCUGGAGGACUCUACACCUUGAUGUUCGUGGGACUCCAGAGGCACCAGCAGCUUCAAAUAUCUGUUUGCUGCUAUGUAAUGGUAUUUUAGCAGCUGCUCACUUGAUCCGAUGCAUGGAUCUGGCAGAAAUCUUCCUCAAUGUGCCUUUAUCUGCACGAACCCGUCUGUGCUCUGAAUCAGCCACAUAUCUCUUAAUAGUGCGAUGAUCACUCUUUAGUUUUUGUGAAAUAUCUAAUGUUUUCGUACCUCAUCCAAGGCAUUGAACUAUUUCACUCUUUUCGGCAGCAGAGAGAUCCUUUUUCUUCCCCAUAUUGCAUGAAAAUGGUGCUCUGCUUAAUAAUGGGGAACACCUUCCUUUAGUAGUUUUUCCUUAAAUUGGGCUCACCUGGCAAUCUAAUUAUCACAGGUGUCUGAGAUUUUUUUCAGUGAUCAAAAGAGCCCUAAGACACAAUGCCAUCCAUGAGUUAAACUGAAAAACAAAAUAUUUAAUCUUUGUGACACUUAAAUAGAAUUCGCAUAAUAAUUUGGAACAGGGUGUAGUUACCUGUGAACUCCACAUUGUCUUUAGAACUCUGAGUAUUUUUUUCAUUUGAUUGGAGGCUGCAGUGCUAUUUUUUAAAGAAAAGGUUCAUCCCUCUGAUCAGCUCCUUCACACUACAUGCUUUCUGUAGCCCAGGAAUAUUAGCUGUGAACUCCAUUGCAUCCCCCUUAUUCUGUUGAAGCUGGCUGCUACAAUUUCUGGAAUCAGUAGCAAGUCUCUACAUUGGCGCCCCUAGCCACCUGGGGGAGUGUGUGUGGGUGUGAUGUGGCCUCAAUUUUGGUGGCUGAACAUUGGUACAUCCACUCCCUCCCCUUUUUAAAAUUUGAACUAGUAAUCAUUGGUUCCUGAUAAGCCUUUAAUGGAGAAAGUUAAUAGAUCGGAAUGGUUAAAUAGCUUAUUGUUAGUCGACAAAACUAGCAAUGAAUGUGAUUGGCUCUAAUUACAAUUUGGCCAAAUUUAGAUUGAUUGGCUGAAUCUCUAAAGCACCACACAGAUCAAAACUGAGAAAAUGACCAUCGCAUUGGCUGACAAUGUUCGCUUGAUUCCAGAUGGCUGACGACUAGGAGAUAACCACUAAAUGUUGAUUUUAUUCACAGAAAUCCAAAUUAGGAACCUAUUUACCAUGCCACUGAAUUUCCUUGUACUGAAGUAGGGAUCUGUUUAGUAGAUAGCUCCCUAAUUUGGUACCCUUAUGUGGGAUUACCAUUUUUAAGUCUAACAAACUAGGUAGAUAUCUACUAAACAAAAUAGCUCCCUAAUUUGAUACCUGUUGGAUUACCAUUUUUAACGGUCCCAAAUGAAUGAGUUAUCUGUUAAGGAACAUCAUAAUUGGGUUAAUAAGGUCUAAAUCUAAUUUUCCUUCGCAAUCUUUUCAAAUUUGGUUUAAUUUCAAAUUGUUAAUUUCCAAAUUUCAGGCAAACUGAAACCCAAUUAAUUGAAUGAAAACAAAAAGUAUUUUUCCCGUGUUAUCACUGCUAUGGUUUUAACAUCUACUGCAGCACUUCUAGGCUCUAGAAGGAAAAACACAUCGGGUAUUUGUGACAGAGCUGUUAGUUUAUGAGACUGAUGAGUGACGUUUGGUGUGUAUGUAUAUGUGUGAAAAUGUAUGUCUACUACAAUAGCCAUUAGAGACCCCCAACUAACAUAUAUCUGUUAUCCAAGAACGACAGGUAAAAUAAUAAUCUCAUUUAAAGCUGUUUUCAACUUUUCCAGUCAGUGUUGGCCAUUGAUUGGCUAAAAAUCUUACGACACAAUGUUAUGAAUGAAUCAUAUUUUUUUAAGAACUAGUAUGGGAUGAAAUGUAGACUUACACAUGAAAUGUCAAACAAAUUACAAUUCGUCCACAUUUUGGGCAAUAGACACGUUGUCCAAAUUCUGUAACUUCAAAGCACCACAUAGACAUAUCAUGAAACAAAACAGACAAUGGACGAACAGCUUCAUUCCGUUCGUCAGUUCCACCCAUGGUGCAAAACAAAACAGAUGAUGGAAAAAAGCUGAUUGUUUGUUAGGGGACAGCCAUGAAAUGUUGAUUUCAUUCAUUUAUCAAGUAAGAAUUGAGUACUAGCCAGGGCUCAAAAUUUAGUGGCUAAUGUGAAGUGGGAAUUUUGAGCCUUAAAUUUGUAAUAUAUAAAUAUAGAUUAUUUUACUGCUCCACCUUUUUCCACUCUAUUCGUGACUUCUUAAUCUAUAUACCAAAUAGCAGGAAAAUGCGCCAAUCAGUGUAUCGCAACAUAAAUACAUCAUUUUUAUAUUAUAUGUAUAUAGUCUGCAGUACACUGCUUGGCUCAUUUUUACUUCCUUUUGAUGGUCCAAAAUGCUUUUCCAAAAACAAGUUUAUGAACGAAAUUCAUCCAAUCCGAAAUGCCACAUGGAUGAAUUUUAGACCAGCCGCCACCCUCCCCAGGUAACAUGUUGUCUUGCACGUUUGGUCAACAAGUAGAGUUUCAGAAAACUCUCCAUCCUGUGAGGGCCAUCUUCCUGUCCCUUGCACCUGACAGAUUAAGCUACCAGGAGCUACAUCAUCUUUGUAGACAAAAUAUAUUUUGAUGGCAUUGGAAUAUAAAUGAAAUUCUAACACAACAUAUUAUUUUUAUUAUUUUCAUAUUCUAUAUUCCCUGCAAAGACAACAAAUUAUCGUAUAUGAUGCACACAGGCAGUUUUUUAAAAUCUGUGCAUGCUUUUGCACAAAACGCGUUGGAUUCAAGAGGUUAGGAUGGUUUGCACAAAUGGGUUUUUGUAAAGUAUUUUUUUUAUGGAAUAAAGAUUUUCUACAUUUGAUUGGAGGCUGCAGUGCUAUUUUUUUAAGAAAAGGUUCAUCCCUCUGAUCAGCUCCUUCACACUACAUGCUUUCUGUAGCCCAGGAAAAUGCCUUGCUUGGAGAUCUCCACCACGUGAGUGAGAGACCCAGCAGGUAAAGCGGGUUAUGGGUGGACGUGUGAGUAGUGCUUGAUUUGCCUUUUUCUUAUUUUUCUGUGUGUAACUAUAAUCAACUAAGCUCACAAUUUCUUUUCAGUUUUCAGGUUUCUUUAUCAAAUUUAUCCCCUAGAUCAUCAACCAUCACUGAAGAAGUAUUCAGAAUAUAGUGAAGUUUUCUUUUCCUGCCAACAGGUGGAGAUUGCGUAACAAUGAAAGAUGCCCACAGGCAAAAACAUAUUCUUCAGUAAUCCGAUGAGAAGUGCAAGUUCAACAGUUAUUUUUUUUUUGUUUCUUUCAUAAAUCAAUAAUCAUGUUAACUGAUGUUUCUAUAAUGCACACAGACACACUGGCGAUACAGCGUUAUUCACCAUGAAACUGACAGAUGCCAAACAGAAAGCACUUAGAAGGUGGAAAAUGCGGCCGCACACAUAGAUAAUGAUUCAUUUUCCCAAAUAAUCUACAUUGACUAAAUCCUUCACAUAUUGCACCGACACUCCUAUAACAAUAUGAUAACUUGGUUAACUUAAAGACUUCUUGUGACGAAAUCCACUUCACCACUGGUUUUUGGAGGGGCUUGUUUGCCAGCCUUCUACCCUGGGACUAUGGGCCCUGUGAUAACCCAUGUUCAAAAGUACUCUUUCUGUUCCUUGGACUUUUAACUGGAACAGAUUCAAACAUGUGGCGGCGGCCAUCUUAAAUUGUCCAGCAGUGUUUUGUCGUCGAGUGUAUGGAACUGUUUUGGGCAUGGGACCAUGUGCACUGUGGGGCAAAAAUAAGACUUCCCGAAAAUUCCUGAACCCCUGAACCCAUCUGGGUGAUUUUUGGAUAUGUUGUUCACCCAGAUCGGGGCUAUCAGGGGAUGUGGCUUUUGUGGGGAUAUGUUGUAUUUUGGAGUACUUUUGGGGGUUUGUAAAAAUGUAUGUUUUUUCUGUUUAGAGUUAAUUGAGUUAGCCCAUUGUCUUUGUUAAUUGUAUCACAGGCAGAGGGGAGGGAAGGGAUUGUGUGUUUCAAGUGGGAGUGUCGGACAUUGUUGUAUUGUUCUGAUUGGUUUGUGUGCCUGUGUUCCAUUAGGUCCAGGAGGUGUGCCUCUGGCCUGAGGAAUUGUAUAUAAGUAAACCUGUACCAAUAAAGCCUCAGACUUGUUCUACCCUUCAUGAAGUUUCAGCUCAUGUUUGGGGGAUUGGAGAACUACCUACACUCUGGGGAUUGCUACAAUCACUAUACUCCCCAAAGUAUAAUCACUAAGCUCUUGUAAGAGUUUGUUCCUGCUCCUGCUCUCUGGAUUAAGAGAGGUCUACCUACUGGAAGCUGGAGCCUGGUCUUGGGUCCAGAGUGGGUUGAAGAUGGUGAGACCCCAACCAAGCUGCGGUGGUUUGUGGGGUCUGCGGUGGUUAUGGUGUCUAGUGGAGUGCUGGGAGCCUUCAGAAAGCACUAGGAGCAUCCAGCAAACGGAGGUACACAGUUGGGGUGCCAGGCGAUCCGUUACACUUAUAUUCACUAAAAGAGCUUGAUAAAAAUGGUAUUGGAAAAACCAAGAUUACAAUGUAUAUUGGCUUUAAUGCAAUUCUUUAAUAGAACUGGUGUCAUCAAUAUUUGCAGUAGAACGACCCAGUAGACAAGUGGAAUGUGCUUUUGUUUAACGGCACUGAAUCUGUCCAUCUAUCGAUCAAUCCACCCAUCCAUUUAUCCAUCCAGCUGCUGUCCAGUCAUAUUGUCCUUAUUUGUAUUAGCCUCAGAUUGGCAUCAACAUCCUAACUGGUCCUAGAUACAGAGCAAAUGUUGGAUUCCAUCCUCUCCCUCUUUUGCAGUAUGAUUUUCUAAUCAACUGGAUCUACAAUGUGGAAAUUUUAAACGGUGCAACUAUAAACACAUUUCUACAAGUCAACACUGAGUUUAUUAUGCAGCACCGAGGGUGAGGUACCCCUCAUCAUCAAGUGUGUUCAGCUGAACAUCAUGUUUUUUCCCAUGAAUUCAGAGGCAAAAAUCUCUGCCAUGAACCACCAACAAGGGAAAGGAAGUAACAGACACAUGGAGUCCUCGCACACUUUGAUGAGGUCUCUCUCGAUGGAACUACAUUCCUCCACCUGCAGAUCUUGUAUGCAGCCACAACCAGUGCUAACAUUGCUUUAUCAUGCUGAAAGCACUGUACAGAUGUUGAAGUCCAGAGUCUGGACUACUUUUUCUCUCUGUCAUGGAUUUAACAAAUAUAUCCUGGUCAAUCUUUGAGCCUUUGAUCUGAAUAUGUGGAUUGAAGUUUCAGGAACCUUGCAAAAGUGGACCAGACGCUGUUGCUACUACUUCCACAAUCUUCCAUGGUGUUAUAGCACACAACAUGGAAUUCUUUGGUGAUUUUACUGUAGGAGCCAAUGCCCCAUAGGCAGAUGGACCAUCACUUAUAAUGCUCUAGCCUCCAGCAAUGGAAAAAGGGACUUAUUGUAUGUCUUUCUGGAACUUGCCUAUGUGACUUUUCGGUGGAAUAUGAAUUAAUUAAUGUCAACACACACUUGCUGGCAACAGUUGUUGAAGAAAUAGCAAACAUUUGUAGCUUUUUCCUAUAGCCCUGAGCUGUAGGGUAUUAUAUUGUGCUUUACUCAACAUUUGCAUGCUUUUUACUCCUGGAAAUACUCCAGAGAGGGCAUCUGUAUCUUCUCGGAGCAAUCAACAUUAUGUGCAUGAGAAAGUAGUUAAAAGUGCAUAGAAGGAAUCAUAGUUGCAAGUUUUGUGAAUUUUCCACAAUAUGGAAAAUCCAAAUCUAAAACGCAUUUUGCAUUUCGACAACUUUGCUACAGACUCUAAAUCAGGCUGAAAAAAGAGUUUAGAUAACUCAGUGCACUACUGUAGAAAGGAUGAAAUACAGCACAGUAUUUGGAUGAUAAUCCUUAUGCCAAUUGGAAAAUUGGAAAAUCCAACCUAAAUCCAAGAUUGUUGGUGUGUAUCUGUCACAUUCGUUGAUGGUACUCACCUGUGCCGUGUCUCCCGCAAUACCCUGAAGGUCAGGUCUUCAGCAGUCACAGUGCCUGUGGUUGCUACACCCCAGUCGGCAUCCUUUUGAUCCUCAAUUCAUGGCCAGGGAACUUGCAGCGAUUGUUCUGGCAUUCCAAGAUGGCAGCUGCUGCAUGAGGAGUCUGGUCUGCAAGUCAGGGUUGGAGAAGGCAUGACUGAGUGGUGGACCAAGGAAAAUGAUGCUUCCAAUAUGGGGCUGAGUUCCACAGUCAGUCACAUUGACCACCGGUAACCCCUCCUACAGGUGAAACCAGGUUAUGUGAUUGAGCCACUCCUUUAUAAGCAGAGCACACCUUUCAGUCAGUGCUUGGUUGUUUUGUUGCCUGCCUCAGAACUCCUAACGUUUGUUUCCAUGUGUUUCCUGUCCUUGCUGGUUUCCUGACUUUGCUUCUUCUCUGAUGUUUGCUGUCCUCUAAAUCUGAUUUCCGCCUCAUCCUUCUUUGGAUACCUUGCCCCCUUGCCAUCACUGACCUGACAGAAUCCUGUUCUCAACCUCAGGAUCUCUAUGGAUCCUGUGUGACAAAAACUAUGUAUUUAAUCCACCCAGUUACUCUCCCUGUGUUUGGUAAAUGGAUCUACCGAACACUGACCACCUCCCUGGCUCAUUAACUUCAAAUAAACCACAAUCUUAAGUGUUCUCUCUGUGGCCAGUGGUGUGGCCGUCGUUCGUAUAACCGAACAACACGUGCUGGAGAAAAUGGCGGCCAUCUUGUUGCAUGAAAGCAGGCAGCAGGACUUGGUCGUUGAGUGUCUGGAACUCUAAGUCGGACACUCAACCUCGCGAACACCGACAAAUUCACACGAACGCCUGCUUCUUUCCAACCAAGCCAGGAGAGGGCUGUUCAGUAAGAUUGUUCGCAUGAACAAGGCGAACAAUCACUACCUAUGAGCCACCUAUGAACCGUUUGUCUUUUUGCUCAUUUUGGAACUCCUGAAAUUGACCGACGGCUACCACUGAUUCUCUGGAACUAAUCUGAGCAGGCGCCACGUGUGCGGUCAAUCAAAACUUUACCCCAAUGGCGAUUUGGCUGUGUUUGUGGGAUCUGAGCGUUAUUUGGACAACUUGGGUGCUUAGAUCCAGGCUUUCCAGGGAUAUAAUAUUUGUGGGGGUUUCUCUAUGUAUUAUGUGCAUUUUUAAUAUUUUAUUUUUAGUGCCUGGGAGAUAAUUAGUUUAAGUAAAGUACACUAAAUUAUCUCCCAGACACAGAAACGCCUAGGAGUGUCUUGGGCGUGUUUUGGGCGUGUUGUGGGAUUAUUAUGCCAUUAUUAUGUCCUUGCUUGAGACCCCCUGUUGGGGGUCUGUGUAUAUAAGUGGGCCACCUAGCCAUAAUAAGACCCUGUUGUAGCCUUCAUUAAGUCUCGAAUGAUGAACCUCUAGAUUUGUUCUCACGACUAGCUUGGAUUUCGGGAAAGUACGAAUCAGUGUACUAUGCAAACGGCUAUAAUCACUAAGUCCAUAGCAUUUCAGGAGUGUGUGAAUGAACGUACCUCACGAAGUACAUGAGGUUUGUUACAUCCUGCUUGCAAGGAAGAGCUGUUACUGCACCUGAGUUGCAGGACCGAAUAUGACUCCAGCGGGUUGUUACAGCAUUGAUGACUGAGUUUGGUCAACUUAUUCCUUUGUGACUUCCAAGAAGAGUUCUAUAGAUAAGCUGCACUUAGUACACAAGAAGCAUUCACUGUGCAAAAAUGAACAGUAUCUAUCAGGACAGACAUUCUAUGAAAUAUUGUUCCACAAACCUUAAUUUUCAUCUACACAAACUUGGUGCCUGAUUGACUCUGUGAGAUGUCCAAGUGUAGGAAAGCAGAUUUUGAAUUGGUAUUUGGUUCUGACUCCGAUUUUCUCAAUUCCAGUAAAAAUUCAUCAACAGCAUGAGGUUAAAGGGACACUAUAGUCACCUGAAGAACUUCAGCUUAAUGAGGUUGUUCGGGUGAGUGCUACAGCUCCCUGCAGCCUUUUUCUUGUAAGCACUGUAUUUUCACAGAAAAUACAGUGUUUACAUUGGAAGCUUGGAACACCUCCAGUUGAAGUCAAUCAGACGGCCACUAGAUGGACUUCCGAGUUCAGAAGCCCUAAAAAGGCUUAAUUCACGUCUGACGUAUUCACGCAGAUACAGUAAUGGCAAAAGCUACAUAUGAGAACUUUCUGAGAAUAAACAGUACAUUAAAAUACUAGAUACACAUUCUCAGGAUUAUCUCAAACUUGUUCUGAUUAUACCAAAUAAUACCAUUAUACAGAGUAUUGUUUACACUUCAGGUGGUAGAGAGAAGAAUUUGGGAUGAAAUGCUAUGUGCUCUCGCAUAGGAAAUGCAGGAAAAUAGUGCUCACAGAUAUCCGUAUUUCUCUUCCCAGCUCCAUUCUGUCACAGACAGAGCUAACAAGACAGUGACUCAACCUCCUAGCUCUCCCUCGUAUACAUGAAAUGGACACUAUAGUCACCAGAUCGACUUUAGCUUAAUGAAGCAGAUUUGGUGUAUAAAUCACAUCCAUGCAGUCUCACUGCUGAAUUUCCAGUCAUUUAGAUGUUAUAUUGCUUUGUUUAUCUCCUUGCAAGUGACUUCCAGAGCCUUCUUAAACACUUCCUUCAACAUAGAAAUAUUUUAGGUUCCCUUACUGCACAGUCUGUUUAAUCUAGAAUUUCUUAUCUCCUGCUCUUUUAAUAACCUCCUUUGUUGGAUUAAGCUUCAAUUUACAGAGCAGGAGAUAACAUUUGAUUGAAAAUAAAAACAUUUUUGUGAUAGUCACAUGCAGAAGAGACAUGGCUGGGGCUAUAUAAAGAAACAUAAAAGUGAUUUAACUCCUAAAUGGCAGAGAAUUGAGCCAUGAGACUGCAGGGACAUGGUUUAUAGACCCACACUGCUUCAUUAAGCUAAAGUUGUUUUGAUGCCUAUAGUGUCCCUUUAAGUGACUUAAAAGGACAUUACAGGCAUCAGAACAACCUUAGCUUAGAACGAGAUGGGAAACAAAAACGUUUGUGCUGAAUAUCUAAAUUUCCUCUAGUUGCACUAGAUACAUUUGGGGGCUCCAAACAUUCACAAGGUAUAGAAUCUCUAGAACCCAGACCCUGAUAGCAAAUGUACCCCCUGUAGUUUGAUCAGCGGCUUUACUUUACUCCGUGUAUAACUGUCCAGUGAAUGUGCAAACAGUAUUAUUUCUGUGUUUCUGUGAGCUGAAAUUAGUCGAUGAUUUAACCCCACCUCCCUUUUCCAAACUCUGCCAGAGCUUGUCCCCUGUACUCUGAUUAAUAAAUGGAGACUUAUGUGUUUUCCAUGGUUGCACCGGCAAACAGAGUCUGUUUUCCUUGGACCUACUAGCCAAUGCGGUGCCUGAAAUCUCGAUAUAUCACUAGGAUCUGUCUAAAGUCCUGGGAAAUUCAGACAUGUUUACUUAUUUAUUUUAUACACUGUUUGAAGAACUAAUUAUCAACCAAGAACAAAAAUGAAAACAUCUUCCUUUUUAAUGACACAACCAGGGGGAAAAUUUCCAUUUAACCUUUUCUUGAACCAAGAACACUGUCUGAAAGUAUAAAUUGGGUCAUGAUAGAUCACUCCAUUAGAGGAGACAGUUGGCUUGAAAACAAUUCCCUCUCAUUCCCUCCAAAUAUUAGGUCAAAAUCUGGCCAUUAAACGAUUCUUAUUGAAUUUUCAAUGUAUGGAAGUUUUUAAAAAGUGUUUUGUUUUUGCUUCAAGCAACUCCAGGACUUGUUGAACAUGACUUAUAAAGUCCAAAACAUUUGUAUCGUAUGUUCAUAUCUUCAGGUAGAACCAGGAAAUGAAGUAAUUUGUACUCCAAUUCCCAUCAUCCUUGGCAAUGUUACCAGCUGCUAAUAGACUACAAGAUGAAUGGGCACAAUACCGCAAUACUGUUACUGUUCUAAAGGGGAACUUGGACAAUCCUAGUUUGGCCCUGAAAUCAGGAAAACAAAACAUUUUGCUUUACUACCAAAGGAUGUUCAAUUCCUUGCAGAGUUCUUGCAAAAACAUUGCCACAACCGUAAUGGUUUCAGAAAAAAAAGCUAUAUAUACGAUUAAGAAAAUAAACACUCAAAUUCCAUAAGGCAAACUAUCACGAUGACCAGGGGAAAUGAUUGCACACACAAAGAAAAACAAACAAAACAAGAUUCUUCUCGUCCUAUCCCCAGAGGUGCUCUCCUCAGAUGGUUAUCCAACGGACAGCGAUUCAGGUAAAAAUAUAAGAAAUUUAUUCGUAGAUUGUGGGUUUCUGCAAAUCAGUAAAACUUUGCCUUUCCUUAUCAAAUCUCUUCUAUUUUUGGUUUUAGUUCUACAAUACACGUUACUGAUUUAUUUAUGAGGAUAACCACAUUGUUUUAAUUGACAAUUAAGUCCUGAGUAGGAUAUUCUAAAAUUGUAACGUCAAAACUAUUUCUAUAAAUAUAAAUGCAGAAACCGAUGAACUUAAAAAAACAAAAACCUCCAGUUUUUGUAAUUUAAUACAGUAGGUAGUUUAAAGAUUUAAAAAAAAAAUUUAAAUAAAAAAAAAAACACAAUGAGCACAACACAGGCUGGGAUAUUGCCAGGAGAAAAAACCCAUAAGGUUCAAGAUUGACACCGAGCCAUUUCUUGGACUUUAAUAGAGAUGAGCUAAAAUAUGUGUGGGGAAUUCUCACUGUGGAUCUAGAAGAUGUAAAUGUGGCUUGAUUGUAGAUAAGAGUAUAGUACGAGUAUAGUAAGAGUUGUGCAUUUAAUAACUUUGCAAGAUUCAAUGUAUUGGUCACAUGGGAACAUUUCCCAUAUGUCGCUAGACCUCCACUUCUUAUCCACUUAUGAGCAGGAGGAUGGAGCAUUUGUUCUUUAAAGGAGGUUAAAAAUAUUAAUGUCUAACCAUGUAAAGGAAUAUAAGGUUCUGGUGUCUAUGGCAUGUUCCUGCAGGCUUUUUAAUGUAAACAUUGCUUUUUCUGAGAAAAGGCGGAAUUUACAUUGCUGCCUAGUAACACCCCUAGUGGCAGUCACUCAGACAGCCACUAGAGGUACUUCCUAUAUCAGUGCUGCACAAUGUGCAACACUGGUGUUCAGCGUCUCCAUGCUCUAAUUGGAAAUGCUAAACAUUCCCAAUAGAGAUGCGUUGAUUCAAUGCAUUUCUAUGAGGAGACGCGUAUUAGCGCAGGGCAGCCAUGGAGGCAGGGCCAUCCGUGGUGAAACUGGCGCGGCUUUGCAAAAAAGGUGAGAAAAACCACCUUUUUAAAGCAAGGGAAGGUGGGCCGCGGACCUGGACAGUCAUACUGGACUAUUGUGUCACAAAUACAUGUUUGUAUUCCUGACACUAUAGUGUUCCUUUAAUAUUAUCCUAAAUGUUAAAAAUGCUCUAUCUUUACACUUCAGACUAUGCAACUAAUCUGUAUGCAUUUAAUUAUUCUAAUAAUUGUCUAAAUACUGUUUUAGUUUUCUCAGUUAUUGAACUGACCGGAACUGACCGCCAAGUUUAGAGUGGUGCUAAAAGAAGUAAAACAGAACACGUUUGGUGGAAAAAGUGACAGAAGGAUUCAUACUUCUUUAGCAAAAAAGGUGGAACAUUAAAAAAUGAAGGAUAUGGUGCAAAUGAAGCAACAGACAAGUAAAGCUACAGAUUUAUUGAAUGGCACACAAAAAAUAUCACCCAAAAAUAUCACCAUCUAUCCAUUGCUCAGCAGAAACACUGAGCGCUGGCAAAACCACUGUCUGCCGUACUGAUCUUUACUUUUUAAUUCUCAUUCCUUGAUUUCCUCCAGAUACCUGAGACUGAUGAAGACUGGAUUGUGAGGUUGAAACAUUACCAUUCUCUAUCCCCUUUAAUGAUAAAGUCUGCAAUUCUCAUUCUUUUUAAUCACAGACGAAACAUUGUGAAUAUUACCAGAUCAUUCCUACCAGAUGACAGUGGGCAGAUAUAAUAUGAUGAUAAUUCGUUUUAUGCUUUUUCCUGUUGUAGACAUUUAUAGAGAUUCACAAUUGAGAUAUGCAGUUUAUUUCUUCAAGAUAUGACUUUGAUAUAUACAUUAUUUGUAUCUGUUAUUCUGUGCGAAUCUGACUUACUGAAUAUCUAUGAGAAUUUCUAAACAAGAAAAUGUACAGUUCUGCUUUUUAGCAUGAUUAUCUUUUGCAAUAUAGAGGUUUACUAUAGUUAUUUAUAGUAUAAAACAUAAAUUAACAAAAAAAAGUUAAAACAAAAACUAUUUUUGGCUAUUGUCAUUUCAUUAUCCAUAUAUUUAUAUAUAUUAAUAAUUAUAUAAUUUACAGCCAAUCACUACACUAUCAACUUUAUGUUUUUUGUGUUCAUCUGGUUUUUAAAAAUAUGUUUAAAGUAUGAAAAAGCAACUACAUUAAUAAUAUUUUAAUUGCAUCAUACUGGUAUGUGAAAACUGUCAUCUGGAGAAAAGCAGAAAAUAGUUUUCAUAUGUUCAUAAAUAGCGCCUAUUAAAACAUAUUUACUAACGAGGAACUGGUAAAUCCUUUCUGACAUUCCGUAGCUCAUUGUAUUGGUUUAGAGAAGCACAACUCGAGUUCUACUCUUUAAUCAUCGCCAUGCAACCAGAUUCCAGAAUAGAUAUCCAACCGUGAGACAAUUGAAAAAACACAUGUAUGUAAAGGGGACUAAGCACAAACAUUCAUCACGACAUUGAAUGAAUAUUUCAUUUCUUUAAAUCCCAGUAACAGUCACAAACCCUCCUCUCAGCAAAAUGAUCAGACCAUAGCCCAAUAUAAACAGAGAGGGCAUCUCAGGACCUCAGUUAAAUUAUUCUGUCCAACAUUUCACAUGAUCAAAGAGGGAACAAUUAAAUGUUAGGGAUGUGAGUGGGGGUGGGACAUUUUAGGUGACUCACUAAUAACAAUUUAUACAACUAAAACAGGAAUUUAGAGAAAGAACAAUGUGCUUUAUUUACACAGACUGAUUUCUGAACACAUUUAUUGUAGUUUACAGACACAUUACUGGGAGUAUUAUUGCUGUGGAGCUCUGUUAUACACUCAGACACAUUACUGGGAGUAUUAUUGCUGUGGAGCUCUGUUAUACACUCAGACACAUUACUGGGAGUAUCAUUGCUGUGGAGCUCUGUUAUACACCCAGACACAUUAUUGGGAGUAUUAUUGCUGUGGAGCUCUGUUAUACACUCAGACACAGUACUGGGAGUAUUAUUGCCGUGGAUCUCUGUUAUACACUCAGACACAGUACUGGGAGUAUUAUUGCUGUAGAGCUCUGUUAUACACUCAGACACAUUACUGGGAGUAUUAUUGCUGUGGAGCUCUGUUAUACACUCAGACACAUUACUGGGAGUAUUAUUGCUGUGGUGCUCUGUUAUACACUCAGACACAUCAACAAUAUGGAGCUCCUAAAAAGGGCAUUAGGUUAAAAGAGGGAUAAAGGGAUUUGGGCCUUAAAACAGGGUCUGUCCCUCCUAAAUAGAGACACUUGGGAGGAUGGUUAAGCACUGCAUUGUGUUGUCUGUGAAAGAGAGGGGCGGGGGAACCCAGGACCAACUAAAACCCAGAGGGGAUGUGGAAUAUUCCAUACUCCCUGUGUGGGUAAUAGGUUUCUAGAUAUGAAUUAGAUAACAUGCACAGAUCCUCUGUCCUUCUUGUUUUUCCAUUGGUUCUGUGACCGCUGGUUAUAAAAGCAGGAUUGAUUGUACUCAUUUACAUUAUUUUUUUAGAAAUUCCUAUUGCUCAACCUUAUCAGCGUCCAAUGAUGUUCAUCCCACUGUAUUGAUUUGACAGCCUAGCUGCAAUAUUUAAGCCAUUCAGAAUUGAAUAUGUGGUUUAAUUUUGUUCAUGAUUUUAUGAUCUGUUUAUCUGGCUGAGAACUAGAGUCCAUACACUGUGGUGUCCCUAUCGAUUGGUCCCCAUUGAUUUAUGCAAUCAAGUUUAUAAAUGCAAAUUGUUGGCAAUGGAAUCAUAACAUCAGCAGUAAUUAUGUGAGUGCUAUUUAUGAGCCUCACCUGCUUGGAGAAAAAACAGAACCAUUGUGCCAUCUACUGUCCAGACUGUGAUACUGCAUGCUGCACAUUUUUUACAGUGCAGAAACAAGCAUAGCCCUAGUGGUAGCACUAGGAACUCAAAGGUUGGAGAUGAUUUGCCUGCACAAUAUGACAUGUAAAAGAGAUACAUUAUAUUCAUUUGUUUAAUGAUAUGUUAUAUAAACAUAGGAGUGUUCUAUUUACUAAGCUGGGGGUUGUGGAUAAUUGAGAAGGCAAUGCAAAUGCAUUAUUUUUUUUACCGAAAGCUGAAAUAUUUCCCUUCUUAUUUUUUCACCUGUCACCCAAAAUGUGCUAUCUCCCUUUUCAGCUCUUCUCGAUUGCAGCUUACAGAAUUAAACCCAGUAUGAAAUAGUUAUACUUUGGGAGUUAUUCACUAAACCAGGCGAAUUGUCAUUAGUAGGGAAUUGACAGGAGACUUUGAAUACGUAGGCCAAAAAAAUUUAAAAGGGGGUGUGGGAGUCACCAAUGUGAAGUGCCUGCUGGUUUCACUGGUUUCCAUGGUGAUUACCUGGCUUGUAGCACUUUAGAUCACUUUUUAGAACAAAACACUGAUAAAUGUCCCUAAAUAUGUCUCUUUCUUAUCUGGUGCAAUACGCGUCAGAACUGGCACAGGAAGGAUGUGACCAGGAAAAAUGGUUUGACUAUUGAUUUUGGGGGGCGGGAGGAUGCCACCAUGGCCAUUGUGUUCUGUAGUGGUUGUGGUGCUUGGACCAUCUUUUAAGGGACAGAUGAGCAUUGUAGAAACUGCAGUUCACAUUUUAAACACCAGACCUUCCUUAUGUUUGUAAAGAGCGCUGCAGUUAUCUCUUCUUAGCUUACCCCCCAAUUAAUGCUACUUAGUUUAGCCUUCCAAUUAUCUCUCCCUACUUCACAUUAUUUUCUCUCCUUGGCCCAACCCAUGUCUCUCUCACAAGUCCCCCAUUUCUCUUCAUUAUCCACCCCCAAUUAUCUCUGCCACUAGUCCCCCACUUCUCUUCUCUUCUGAGCCCACGGGAUAUCUCUCCCCCUCUUCUACUCAGAUACCGCUUCCUCUCUCUCCUCUACCAUAGUACUUAUAGCGAGGUCAAUGUGUGAUUGCUUAGUCCAGUGUUGCACCUUCCUUCUCAGCCCAAACCUCAGGCUACAGACUGCAGUGCUGUGAGUAAGGCGGAUGAAGACAUGACGUAACGUCAAAUUCCUGAUAGUGCAGACCACACACCCCUAAGGCCAGCUCGUGACGCUGUCUUUCUAGUUAUCAUUUUUCCAAAUUGGGACUCUUCUGGAACCCAAACCACAGUCCCUCUGCUGUCACGGGGUAACAUGGUUAAACUUAUGCAUUUUCCAUAAAUUCCAUACAACUGAUGUCCAAUGUUCACAGUUAGCCUGUUAUUGUCAUACAAACAUUGUCAUACAAACACUACAACGUUUUUUCUUAAUUUAUCAAUGUAAACCUAUUAUUAUCAAUAGUUAUAAUAGGUACAUAUUUUAAACAUCCUACAAACAUUGUUUCCUGUAAAUGAGAACUUGGGAGUAAGAAAUGUCUAUUAUGAGUAAAAACAAUGUUCUAUAGAAAAUUAAUUUGUUAUUUAUUUUUAAUAUUUUAUUAAUAUACAAACAAAAAUAAAAGUAUCAUCAGCUAACAAGGACAAACAGUGAUAUACAGAGCCCUGGGAUAAGAAAGGGGAAAAUACUUCAUAAUAACAUACUAGAACUUAAAUGUCUAUGGUCCAGGUUUCCAUUCUACUGAUAAUUUAUAAAUACGUGUUAUUCAUAAAUCUAUAGAUAAUUUCAGAUUGAUUACUGUUAUUUUUAGUAAUCUUAUUAUAGAAGACAUAUUGUACACAUUUUACUAAUUAGAUCAUAUGAUACAACAUAUUCAAUCAAAACAACGUAAGUCUUACACACACACACACAGGCACACACACAUAUACGCACACACGCACAGACAGACACACAUACGCACACACACACACACACAUAUACGCACACACACACAGACACACACACAUAUAUGCACACACACACACACACAGACACAUACACACACACACAUAUACGCACACACACACAGACACGCACACACACAGACACACACACAUUGUAUUUAGCUAUUUUCGACAGACAUACAUUGAGAUUUUAUAACCGUCCAUUGGUGUCACAAUGAAUUCACAAACACCUUCAAUGCUCUAAUUUGACUAUGCUGUCAGUUUGCCUACUGUGACCUUAUGUUUGAAAUUCACUUUGAAUUCUCAUUUUAGUAAGUAACCCUGUAACUUUCAGACUGUAUUAGGAGAGACACAUUAGUAUUUGGUAACUGACAUGCCGUUUUACAUUCAGCUGCAAUAAUAAUACUUGACUAUAGGAAUCAACCCAUAUGUUUAUAAAUAGAUUCACAUUUUAUUUAUUAUUUAAAUUGCUCCAUCAGUGAGUUACUAAGCUGUGUCUCCCCGGAGGGCCUGAAGGAAAUAUUUUCUAUUAUAAAGAUCACAUGUCUUGCAAACUCUCUGCAAUUGUAUCCUCCCCUUAUUGGACAUUGACAAUACAAGGAUUUAUUUUUUUAGGUACUGUAAUUCCAGUUACUGUACCUGCAGUGGACUGUAACUGUCAUUAUUCUCAGCCAGACCUGGGAUGCCUGUGGAUGACGAGAUGUAGUUCUUUAAAGCUGAAAGAAGAAAAAAAAUACUUGUUACUUGUCAUUUAAUGCAGUUUGUCUCUUGACGUUGAAACCCUUCUAGAACAAAUCUAUUCAGAAAUCAGUAAAAAUCAGAUUAUCCCUAACUAAAACUAAUAAACACAUUGACCUGCGUUAACACUUGGAAUUAUACUGUGUGCGAGACAUUUACACCCAGGACAACGUUCUACAUGUGGAACAAUCGCCAUGGAAACAGCGGAAUGUUUCUGCUAAGUUUUCCUCUGGUAGAAUGUUGUCCUAGACCUUUUGGUCCACACAAAGUUCAUGUAGUUUAAAUCCCCUCUGUAUUGCAGUGAGGACAUUAAUAGCCAAUAUAAAUCAAUUCAAUCUAUAGUAUUGUAUUGUAAGAUUGUAUCCUGCGUGCAGGGAUGUGUUACCACAAUGAAUGCUGAUUAGUCGCUCUCAGAUGCUGGGCUUUCAUCAUAGACCUCCUUGCAUGGAGCUCAGUUCUUCUCCUAUCCCUCUCUUUGCUCAGACUGAUAGGGAUUUUUAUCAUCAGUCGUGGAUUUGCCAAGACAUUCCCAGUGCACUGGCACAUGCUCUAAAGUGAACCAAGAGGAGGCGCUGGAGUACAGAUUAAUGACACACUAAAAGUCAGCAUGCAGCAAGCAAUACAUUAUAUAUAUAAAAUUGGAGUUGAAAUAUCAGCUGUGUUAACUCAGUGAAGCAGAAGUAAAGUAACAGAUAAAAUUGCAAAAUACUAAUAUAAUCUGUUAUUUUGCUUAUCUCUCUGUAUAUAUAUAUAUAUACAUUGGUGAGCUGAGUAUUAUAAAGAAAGAAUGUCCUCUCGAGGUUCUUACGAUAUGAAAAUAUACCACAACACGUGAUUAUAUUAUCUUUCCAUAAUACUCACUUCAAAACAGGAAUAUUUACUAGUGUGAGAAUUCACAGUAAAUGCAAAGUGAAUUUCAAAUGUAUCGUCUAAUUGGCUGGAAAAAUUCACUAAGUCAACUAUAAUUGCAGUUAAACUAUUGGCCUAUAAUUUGAAAUAAUUAAAAUCAUAAAUAAUAAAAUAACCCUGAAAAUUAAUUUAAAGUGAAUUUCAAAUGUUUGGGUCACAGAAGCUGAACAGCAAACAGAGAUAAUUUUUACGAUUCAUUUUUAAGACGUUAGUGUUAAGUUAAAGACAAAUUUAAGGGUUUGUAGUAGUGAGGUAGUGUGUUGUGCUAGUGUAGGGGUUACGGCGAGGUAUUUACCACUAGGGCAGCACUGGACAUACAUGUGCAUGCGCUGUCUACGAGUAUUGGGCAUUUUAGUUCGGAGCAGGAGCUAUUUCAACUGCCACAAUUAAUUUGGCUCAGGAAUAAGCUAAAUCUAAAUGGUGACAUCUGCCGCUAAGAAGUGCAACUCUCCUUAAUCUCAGGCAGCACUGGGUUAUGUAUGUCCUAUGAAUAACCUGGUUACUCACCUUCACUGUACUUCUGUGUGGCAGAGACUUCACCACCCUUAUUGUCUUGGGCAUAUGUGCAUGCUGGCACAUCUAAUCUAGAUGCCUACUGUGCAGCAGUGCAGUUCCCAGCAGUGCUGGCAGUGCAGUUCCCUAGGUGCGCAUGCAUCAGGUGCACGUCACUGCAAACAUUAACUAAUUCUCAUACUUCAAAAAACUAAGAAUAUGAGAACUUUGAGAACGGACAAAAGCUUGGAGAAGCUCAGUAGAUUUCCCUUCGAUAAAUCACUGCUCAGGUCUCAAAAUUGUUUUUGCUCACAUGUGCCAUUACAGAGAGAACAUAUUCUGAAGCAUACAGUAAAAACCAAAGAAAAAGUUACCUGCGCUCUCUCCUAAAUCCCUAUGUAUAUUUAAACAAACGGAGGUCAUUUAGUUACUCCAAUGGCCUAUUAAGGGUUAAUAAGUAUAUAGGGGUGUAUAUAAAAUAUACCCCUCUCUGUCUCAUUAGAGAUAUCUUUGCCAGAAGCUUAAGGAAUCAAGGUGACAGGUCAGAGUAGGACCCACCUCAGGGCAUUGGCAGGCGGGCAUUCCCUCCAAUGGCCAUUGGAAUAGCUAAAUGACCUCCAUUUGUUUAGAUAUACAUAGGGGUUAAGGAGAGAGCACAGGUAACUUUUUCUUUGGUAUUGGGGCUGAUGUGUACUGUGGUCGUUGCUGCUGCCCAGGAGUGAUGGAAAUGAGCGCAGGACUUGUUUUCUUUUGUAUUUAUAUUCUGGAGCAAAGCAGACUGGUCCCACCCGUACGGGCAGUCCAGAUGCAAAAUGCCAGCAAGUUCCCUCUGCACGAGAGGUACAGCAACCCCAGAUAAUCGUUUUGGCCUUGCUUGGGCCUCGUCAGUGAGGUGUAGCUGAUACCCCUCUAGGCACAAUGAGGAUGGGGUCCACAUCUGCAUUACCCCCUUAACUUGUGGAGAGCCAAGUUAAUGCAUUAAAGGAAAAACAAAGAAUGAGAAUUCUGAGAACGGACAAAAGCUUAGAGAAACUCGGUGGCUUCUCAUACUUUGUUAGUUUUUGCCCAUUAUAGUAUGUAAAGCAAAAUAAAAGGACACUUGAGUUUUAAAAAGUUAGCACAACCAAUAUUUAAUGUUCGCUUAGCUAUUCGGUGCUAAAACUGAAGAAGUGACAGUUCCAUUGUAAUUGUAGAAACAAAUGCAGUAAUAGCAGUAAAAUGCAGUCAUUUUGUAAGGUAGAUUAAUAAUUCUAAUGUCACCUGGCCGUGGCCUGAAGAUGUCCGUGGCCUAAAGAUGUUGGCACUCAUGUGGUCUAGGGCUGUAGUGAGGCUCUGUCUUAUUACUGUUACCCUGAUACCUCCAAAGCCUCCACUAAAAACCCCAAGAGCUUACCAAACCAUGCAGUUGGCUGAGACUAUCGAAGGCCACCCACCAUAGUUAUGACUUCCCUAGAAGUUGUGGGACGUCGUCUUACCAUUAUUAGUUAUUGUGAGACAAGAUCUUGUUUUUAGACAGUCUAUGAUGUGCAGUGUAAUCACAUAUUACUUCAAUAGAUUCUAAUGGUCUAUCUAAUCUCGUGUUUGCCUAGCAUGUUGUCUUACAUUGAUUUCAACCACUCUCCGUGUCUGAAGUACCCCACAUGAUGGAACGCUUAGUUUAUACCUCUAGUUAGAAUAGUAUAUCUUGCUUGUUUCUUUUUCAUUUCUUUACACUUUCACUUUGUUAGGAGUAUACUCCCAUGUGCUUAGUAAAUUGAAGAAUUCAUGUUUAUACUCAUGUUAUGCUUUUAUUUACAUGUAUACGUAUGUUCUAACUCUAUCUACCUGUAAUGUGUACCCCACAUGCCUCAAUAGAAAAGAGAUUGACAAAAAUAUACAAUAUAAUGUCAUUCUUUCUACAUUAAUUAGAAUAUCUGAAAUGGGAGUCCAUAUCUUCAAAGUCAUUUUGAGUUAUUUUGAAUGGUUUUGUGGUUUAUGUAAACAUGCAGUCUAUAGGAAAAUAAGUAAACAUAAUUAACGGCUGCCAUAAAUAACUACAAACGCACCAGAAAAAUCUACUUAAAGCUCAAUAUCAGUCUGCGAGGCAGAUACUAUGUUAUACAGUCUGAAAAAGAAAAGUUGGUUCAGACGACAAUUCAGACAUGUAGUUUUAUCAUUAUUUGGGAAUGCAGAUAUGGAUGGCAUCUACAAUUAUUCAACCUUAUUGCUGGAGGGACCUCGCUCCUGUUACCUGUAACCAAACGUAAAUAACAUCCUUGGAGGUAACUGAUUGCUGUUAGUGAUGACCACAAUUUACUUUAUAGACAGAAGAUUGCAGAACAGGACAACAAUUGUUUUAAAAUAUAUUUUGAAUUUACUUUGAAUUCUCAGCAAUUCUGACUUUAUUGUAUAACCCUAAAAGUAUGGAAAUCCUGGAAAGUGAAAGUUCCCCUUUAUAUUUAUUCUAUAGAUGAAGCUACAAGUGAAAUAUUGUAAAUAAUAGCCAUGGGUGGAUUGAUGAUGUAGAUUUAGGAUACCCCAUUCAUUUUACACAAGUAAUGGGAUCUUGGGAUGUGUUGUUCUCUCUUCCCACAAUAACGACUAACCAUCACUUUAUCUUUCCUUCUUCCCAAGGUGACCUUUAGAAUUCUGACUUAUGAACUGUCUCCGGUAAGCUGUCAAAUUAUUUAUGAGGUUCCCAUGGCCCAGCUUACACUGUUAUGCUAUAAAAAGAAGUACAUAUUUUGAUUAGGAAUAACAAUUUUGUGCAAUUUUGAAGGUGUCAUUCAUCAGUUCAUAAUUUAAAAGUUUACUGUGUUUGGUCUAGUAACUGUGCUUAACUUAAACUUAAAUGGACACUAUACUCACUAAAACAACUACAGUUUAAUGUAGUCGUUCUGGUCAGCAUAGCAUGUCCUAACAGUAGUUUUGCAGUAAACACUGUCUUUUAAGAGAAAAUGCACUGUUUACAUUGCUCCUUAGGGACACCUCAAGUGGCCACUCAUCAGAUGGCUACUAGAGGUGCUCCUUGGGGCAGUGCUGCACAGUGCGCCUCACUGACAUUCAGUGUCUCCACCCUCUGCAUGGAGACAUUGAACUUUCCUCAUAGAAAUGCAUUAAUUCAAUGCAUCUCUAUGAAGAGACGCUGAUUGGUCAGCCCGCCUCCUUGGCUGAGAUCAACAGAAUUGACAAUCUCAGCCAAUCCAAUGCUUUCCUAUGGGAAAGCAUUGGAUUGGCUGAGAUCAUAACUUCUAAUUAUGUCAGCCAAGGAUGCAGAUCAGGGGCAGAGCCAGCACCAGCAGACUACAAUAAAGGUAAGAUUUGACUAUAUUUAUGGGGACAAGGGGGGCCAGGGGAGAUAGAUAGUGUUUUUGACAUAUAUGGUCUGGAAUACGUCUGUGUAUAUUUAUAUAGUUUAAUAUACUUAUAGAAAUUGUAUAAUUACAUAAUUAUAUUUACUUACAUGUUUCUGUAUAUUUAAAAAAUUCAGAUUUUAAUUAUUUUAUAUCCCUUAGGUAAAUACCUAGGGUCUCAAUUUCCACUUUUCCAACUGUAUUUAUUUUAUGCCGUGUCGGAAGAACCUUUAAUGUUAAUAACUUAAUUUGUGCUGCAUGUUUUAUAUUUUUAAUAUAUUUUAUUUGUGUAAAUUUAGGUUUUGAAAAAAUUAGCAAUGGUAUUAGAUUGCUCAAAAAAGAUGAAAAAAAUGAAUCUAAAGUCAAAUAUCCAUAUAUUUGACUUUAGAUUCAUAUUUUCGCUAUUACUGAUUUUAUUGUUGUUUUGUAUUUGUUACAUUACAACGUCAGAAAUUGGUUAAAAUAUAUAACAUUCUGUUUCUAUACUAUAAUAGACUCUAUCCCUCUGUCUGACAUUAACACAGGUAGAGAUGUACAUGGCCUUUAUGGGUGAGGUUAACAUUUUGUUAGCGUUAGAAGAUGUCAGACCUUGUUUACUUGGAAACACCUGAAAUAGUUACAAUUGUUGGUGCUGCUAGCAGGUUUCUGAACUGAUUGCAUUUUUUUGCCAUUAUUUCUGUUGUGUGAGUUCAUUGAGGCCUGCAAUGAAAGGGAACGAGCAUGCUGAAUCCAUAAAUCAGGUGCACAAUUUGCUCACAAGGGAGGAAACCUAUUAUUUCAGUAGGACAAACAAAAACUCAGUUCCUGUUGUAUAUGAAGAAGGGAGGCGAAUGUAAAACAUCCAUUAUAUUUGUUUUUACUUUAAUUCUUUAAACACACACAGUUCCAUAACACACCUUGAGCCUCAGACAUUUUCCUUCAAAAUACACUUAAAAUACACUUUCAAUUGAUUUUAUCUUUGAAAAGCACUGAAGCAGCUACCUCUCAUUCACAAUAGAAGGAUCUCUCUAAGUGACAUCCAGAACACUGUAAAUUAGGCUUUGUGUGUGUAUAGAAGAAAGAGGGCAGGUGCAGGUCUUGUGGGUGUUGUCCUGUGUUUCUGAGUUUUUUCUGCUCUUAGUAAGGUAACGUAUAUUGUAAUGACCUACCAACUACGUAGGCACAACAUCAUGGCAAUAGUAUUAAGCAAUAGAAUUCCUUUUAAUCUACGCGCCGAAACAAUCGAGUAGUCUGGGAUUUACCUGUGAAAUCUAUAUUCGUUCGAAUGUAGAUUAAAAACAAUACGAUUCCUGUUCAUUUAAAAUCUGACAGACUGUGAACAUGCUAAACGCCGAUAGUUGAUGCACCGCAUGCAUGUAACCCACCUCUUUUCAGUCCGGUAAUGUAAUAUUUAUAUUUAUUACGCGUUUACGGAAAUCAGGCUUCUGCGUAAGUCUCUUUAUACUGCACUGUUUCAGUCUAUGUCAAUGCAAAAAUAAAGAUUUAAAAAUAAAAUAAAAGAAUAUGAUUCGUUCGAGCUGAAAUACCUUUGUGCAAAAGUCUAUUUAUCAACUCAAGGUAAUCUAGCAAAUUCUAAAACUUUCUCCAUAUUAUAUAAAUUAGGAGUAAUCUCUGGAUUCGAUCUAGAUUGCAAUUUAUAUAUCUUACUAAUGGAAGAUUCGACACAGAUUCAUCUGUUUAAAUAGACAGAUUUAAAGGGACACACUAAGCACUGUAAUCACUUUAUCUCAUUUAAGUUUUAAUGGUAUCUGGAGUUCCCACUGUUCAGCUGAUGGUCUUGCCCUAUUUCUGACAACCUGUGGAAGAGGAUCGUGGGAAGUACAGUUCAACAGCUGUGGCGAUUCCUAUUGGUUUGCUCAGAUUAAUGCAAAACCAGUGUGUUACUGCUGUGCACUGCAACUCUGAGCAUGCCCACCCAGUCACUGGUACUAUAUUAGGGUUAUUCACGGAAACUAGAAUUAUCUGGUGGUCUGGGUGCCUCAUCCCUCGUUUUAUCCCUGCAGCUGAAAAUACUGUCAUUCUGCAGGAAUAUCCUCUCAUGUUUUCAUUGAAGAAUUAACUCCUCCUCUAGUAGCUGUCUCUCUGACAGCCACUAGAGGUAUUUCCGUGAAUUAAUUGAGUAAAAUUCCUCUAUUUCAAUCAGAAAUCAUUGAGAAACCAUUGAAUUGGCCAAAGAGGCAAAGCUACACACCAGAGAAAAGAUAGGUAAAAUCUUCUUUUUUCAAUUUUAAUUCCGGACAAUCCUCGGUUCAUUGAAGAGCCCUGUAUGAGUAUGAGUUUUCUGUCCCAGGGUUGGCCAAAGGUUACAUCGUCAGCUGUUGUGGAACUACAACCCCAUGCUGCUUGCAAUCGCAAAGCAUCAUGGGAAUAAAAGUUCUGCAGCAGCUGAGGAGCUGCUUGGUCACCCUUGUUCAAGUCAAUAUAAUAUACAUCAGGUGGAAUGCUAGAAGGUGCUCAUCUGUACAGCAGUGAAAUAUCCAAAACCUCAUAAAAGGUAUUGGAAUAUUUCCAUUUUCCUUUCAAUCUAAAUGGAAAAGGUCACUGCCCUUUAAAAUGAUGAGGGCAAAGCCCAUAGAGAGGCCUUUCAUUCUCUUGUCAUUGUAUCUGCUGUUGCAGUACCUUGCUCAGCCCUCUGGCACUCUAAAUGCUCAGAGAGCUAAAAGACUGGCUUGGCUAAUGCAUGCCUCUUGUCUACAGUUGAGAAGUGACAGAAAUACCCCAAGACUGAGACAAUAGCAUCCACCUGGUGGACUGAAGAGAGGGGCUGUUUGGGUUGAGCUGAUUUGUAAAGAUAUGUGAUCCACUUAGCUGAGGCAAGGGGGCCAGGCUGUCUUUGAAGUAGAGGAGCCUAGCUAAACUCACAUAUAGUUGCCUUUUCUUUUUGCUCAGGGAAACAAUGUGACUAUGCUGUGUUUAGCUCUGUACAGAUAUGUUUGCCUUAACCUGCUGUAUUCAUAAAUAUUUUUCAUUCACCUGAGGAAUUAAAAAUAUUAUGUUUCCAAAAAAAGUCAAAAUAUUGAAUUAAUCAGCAGUUUUCAAAC